AUGAAAGUUUAUGGAAAUAUAUAGCUGUCUAUAGUUGUCCAUACACCAAUGGCUUUAUGUCUCUCCUCAACAAGGAUAAAUGUUAAAUGCAUCUCAACAACUAAGCCUUCAUUGGCUGAUUACAGUAUUUGCCCAUCCAGUAUCUCACUCUGAUUUGCAUAGUCUUAAUGGCUGACUCAAAAUUACUUUACAGGUGCACAACUAACAACGUACAGCCAGCAUAAUCCCCCCUCCCCCCCUCUUUUAUAUGCAAAGUAUCACCAGCGAAAGUAUAUUACAAUGAGGUCUGACAAGGCCUAGUGGAGCUGAGACUAAGGCUGCAUUUCCACAAUGUCUCCAUUGGUGCAUCUCGAUACAGUGUAGCUCAGUUGGUAGAGUAUGGCGCUUGGGUUGUGGGUUUGAUUCCCACGGGGGACCAGUAUGAAAAUGUAUGCAUUCACUACUGUAAGUCGCUCUGGAUAAGAGCGUCUGCUAAAUAACUCCAAUGUAAAUGUAAAUAUAUUGAUAUUAUUCAUUCUUUAUAUUUUCCUUACAGCGAUCAUGGUAGGCGAACGCCGCAAUGGGAACCUACUUGUCCAGCUGGGCACAAAGCUGCAGGCCUAUCCAGAGGAGUUGAUCAGGCAGCGGCGGACUCACGAUGGCCAGACAGAGUACUUGAUCCGCUGGUGCCUGCUGGCCAUAGACAACGGUAGUGGCUCUGGUGGAGGGGGCAACGAGGCAGGAGGAGGUGGGGGAAGCAGUUCAGGGGUGGGUGGCUCCAGCGGCUCAACUUCAGGCGAGAGCAAGACGGAGAACAUCCUGAUGUGGAUGUCAACGGAGGAUGUCUACGCCAACUGCCCCACGCUACUGGGCAAACGCAAGGCAGACACCCAGCGGCCCCUUCAGGAGGAGGAGAGGCCCAGUGGAGAGUUCCCUACUAAUGUCACCUUUGACGAGGUGGAGCUCUCAGACAUGAAGGACGAUGUUAAGAACUUGGUCACGAGGGCCCGCAAGCAGAUGGCCAAGAAGAGCGACUUUGCCAUCAGCAUCACACACACCAUCCACGUGCUUAGUGCCUACGCCAGCAUCGGCUCACUGGUGGGCGUCUUCAAGGAGACUGGUGCCCUGGACCUGCUCAUGGAGCUGCUCUGCAACAAGGAGCGACAAACCCGCCGAAGUGCUGGGAAGAUGCUUCGGGCUCUGGCCUCUCAUGACGCAGGUAUGGUUUUUUUUAUAGUUUCAUUCUUAGACUGUCCCAGUGUCAGCCAUAUAGGAAACGACAGAGUGGAGAGACUGAGGCUGUGAUAAGUGGUUUUAACACAUUUCCUACUGAUCACCUUCUUUUCAAGAUCACUGACUGGACAGAAAAAGCAGCCUUACUGGUAGGCUAGGCAGGGUUUCUACCCUGUUGCUUUCACGUAGACUAUCCUUUACUAGGGUCCUAUAAAAUCUGUAAUUCAACUAUAUUAAAACAUUUAUUGAACUUAGUAGGAAAUCAAUUAAAUGUAUUGAACUUAUUAGAACAUUAAUUCAUUUGACCAACUUUCUGAAACAGCACAGGAAUGUGUGUUGCACGUGUAUGUCUACAUUAUGUAGCCUUUACCGAUGAUGCUAAUGAGCACCUUCUGGUAAAGAUGGAAAGGCUUUCUCAAUUAAAUGUUAACUACACUGAACAAAAAUAUAUAAACGCAACAUGUAAAGUGUUGGUCCCUUGUUUCAUGAGCUGAAAUAAAAGAUCCCUGAAAUGUUUUGGGUGCACAAAUUUGUUUACAUCUCUAAGUAUUUCUCCUUUGCAAAAUAAUCCAUCCACCUGACAGGUGUUGCAUAUCUAAAAGCGGAUUACAGUAUGAUCAUUACACAGGUGCACCUUGUGCUGGGGACAAAAGGCCACUCUAAAAUGUGCAGUUUUGUCACACAACACAAUGCCACAGAUGUCUCAAGUUUUGAGAGAGCAUGCAAUUGGCAUGCUGACUGCAGGAAUGUCCACCAGAGCUGUUGCCAGAUAAUUUAAUGUUAAUUUCUCUACCAUAAGCCGCCUCCAACAUCAUUUAAAAGAAUUUGUCAGUAUGUCCAACUGGCCUCACAACCGCCGACCAUGUGUAUGGCAUUGUGUGGGUGAGAGGUUUGCUGAUGUCAACGUUGUGAACAGAGUGCCCCAUGGUGGGGUUAUGGUAUGGGCAGGCAUAAGCUACGAACACAAUUGCAUUUUAUCGAUGGCAAUUUGAAUGCACAGAGAUACCGUGACGAGAUCCUGAGGCCCAUUGUCGUGCCAUUCAUCUGCCGCCGUCACCUCCUGUUUCAGCAUGAUAAUGCACAGCCCCAUGUCGCAAGGAUCUGUACACAAUUCCUGGAAGCAGAAAAUGUCCCAGUUCUUCCAUGGCCUGCAUACUCACCAGACAUGUCACCCGUUGAGCAUGUUUGGGAUGCUCUGGAUCGACGCGUACGACAGCAUGUUCCAGUUCCUGCCAAUAUCCAGCAACUUCGCACAGCCAUUGAAGAGGAGUGGCCACUCUCUCCUUAAAAAAAAUACUUUUAAAAUUAGUUGAAUACUAACAACUAAAGACAUUUAGUUGAAAAAAAGCACAUCUUCCGCUAGUAAAAGACUCAUCCGAUUCAAUAUUCAGGGGUCGCGUUAAUGCAGGACUGCCUAUCUUGCUGCGCUUUUGUAAAUGCAGAUCUAAAAGGCUGCUUAUUGUAAAUUCUGCUCGGCUUCAGUUAGGGUUCACUCGAAAUCAUGAAUGUAGAAGGACUAAUUUCAUGCUUCAGUUGCAGUUCUCCACUUGGAUGAAAAUAUAUUUGCACUCUUCAUUGGAUCUCCAGACAGCACUCUGACUGUGUAGGCUACUUUUUUACAGUACCUUCCUCCUGUGUAGUUUUUCUCUGGUUGCAAGUUAAAAUUAACUUCAAGCUAGAUAUUAGGAAAUGUAGCUGGCUAAAUUCUUUCUAAUUAUAAACAUUAGAAAUAUGAAUGCCAUGCAUUGUUUUUGGAAAAAUACCUUGCUCUAAUUUACUUGUGUGGCUGUUAGCUAAAUAGCGUUGCACUUCUGCUGUCAUCUGAUAAAUGAUUUUCUGUCAAAUGUGUUGCACUUAUGUAUUUUGUGUGAAGAAAAACUAGUUGAAUGCCCCUUAUCAGUCUAUUGAAGCCAAAAAACACUGACUGUCAAUAUGAAACGCCGGUGAAAUGGUUUAAAAACUUUUUUUUUUUUUUUUAUGGUCUGCGUUUUUGAAUAGGCAUGUUUCUCAAUGCUAAUGAGACCCCUGGUAUUUGUGGACUGGAGGGGACUAAGUUGCUGUAACUUCCGAGAACACAAACACUUCCAUCUUACAUAGCGUGCUAGUGAGGGACGGAGAGGGGGGGGGGACAAUAUAGUAGGGCUGGCCCCAACAAAAAAGAAAUCUUGGUUGACAGUCGUCUGUUCUUUCGCACAAUUGAUAGGUCAACAUUUUAUGACCUAUUUUUCCAUAUAGACACACCCUAUGUUUUUAAUAAAAUCAACUAUGUAAACUACUGCGCUUGUAUGAUGCUUUAAGCGUUAUGAUUAAAAAUGAAGACCCACAAAUUACUCAAGGGGGAGCCAGAGAUCAGUAUAGCCUAACCAGAAGAAAAAACCCUGUUCCUGACCCCUCGCCCGCUGCUGCUUGCCUUCUGUCGUUUAGUCUCCUGAAGUUGCCGGUAAUAGGCUACACCAGCGGUCGACAACCUUUUCCAUUUGGAGGGCCAAUUUAUCAUACCAUUUCUACUGAUAUCUGUGCCAGUUAUGAUUUUCAUAUUCACAUUUUCAUGGAACAGUUUCAUUUUAAUUUAUAAUAGUCUUCAGUACAGUAGAAUAUUUUUUCCAGAAAAUCACAUUGUAGGAUUUUUAAUGAAUUUAUUUGCAAAUUAUGGUGGAAAAUAAGUAUUUGGUCAAUAACAAAAGUUUCUCAAUACUUUGUUAUAUACCAUUUGUUGGCAAUGACACAGGUCAAACGUUUUCUGUAAGUUUUCACACACUGUUGCUGGUAUUUUGGCCCAUUCCUCCAUGCAGAUCUCCUCUAGAGCAGUGAUGUUUUGGGGCUGUCGCUGGGCAACACGGACUUUCAACUCCCUCCAAAGAUUUUCUAUGGGGUUGAGAUCUGGAGACUGGCUAGGCCACUCCAGGACCUUGAAAUGCUUCUUACGAAGCCACUCCUUCGUUGCCCGGGCGGUGUGUUUGGGAUCAUUGUCAUGCUGAAAGACCCAGCCACGUUUCAUCUUCAAUGCCCUUGCUGAUGGAAGGAGGUUUUCACUCAAAAUCUCACGAUACAUGGUCCCAUUUAUUCUUUCCUUUACACGGAUCAGUCGUCCUGGUCCCUUUGCAGAAAAACAGCCCCAAAGCAUGAUGUUUCCACCCCCAUGCUUCACAGUAGGUAUGGUGUUCUUUGGAUGCAACUCAGCAUUCUUUGUCCUCCAAACACGACGAGUUGAGUUUUUACCAAAAAGUUCUAUUUUGGUUUCAUCUGACCAUAUGACAUUCUCCCAAUCCUCUUCUGGAUCAUCCAAAUGCACUCUAGCAGACAUGUACUGGCUUAAGCAGGGGGACACGUCUUUGUUACUUUGGUCCCAGCUCUCUGCAGGUCAUUCACUAGGUUCCCCCGUGUGGUUCUGGGAUUUUUGCUCACCGUUCUUGUGAUAAUUUUGACCCCACGGGGUGAGCUCUUGCGUGGAGCCCCAGAUCAAGGGAGAUUAUCAGUGGUCUUGUAUGUCUUCCAUUUCCUAAUAAUUGCUCCCACAGUUGAUUUCUUCAAACCAAGCUGCUUACCUAUUGCAGAUUCAGUCUUCCCAGCCUGGUGCAGGUCUACAAUUUUGUUUCUGGUGUCCUUUGACAGCUCUUUGGUCUUGGCCAUAGUAGAGUUUGGAGUGUGACUGUUUGAGGUUGUGGACAGGUGUCUUUUAUACUGAUAACAAGUUCAAACAGGUGCCAUUAAUACAGGUAACGAGUGGAGGACAGAGGAGCCUCUUAAAGAAGAAGUUACAGGUCUGUGAGAGCCAGAAAUCUUGCUUGUUUGUAGGUGACCAAAUACUUAUUUUCCACCAUAAUUUGCAAAAAAAUUCAUUAAAAAUUCUACAAUGUGAUUUUCUGGAUUUUUUCCCCCUCAAUUUCUGUCAUAGUUGACGUGUACCUAUGAUGAAAAUUACAGGCCUCUCUCAUCUUUAAGUGGGAGAACUUGCACAAUUGGUGGCUGACUAAAUAUUUUUUUCCCCCACUGUAUACUUGGGGUCAUUUUCUAUUUGGAAGACCCAUUUGCGACCAAGCUUCAACUUCCUGACUGUCUUGAGAAUUUGCUUCAAUUUAUCCACAUAAUUUUCCUUCCUCAUGCUGCCAUCUAUUUUGUGAAGUGCACCAGUCUCUCCUGCAGCAAAGCACCCCCACUGCAUGAAGCUGCCACCCCCGUGCUUCACGGUUGGGAUGGUGUUCUUCGGCUUGCAAGCAUUCCCCUUUUUCCUCCAAACGUAACGAAGGUCAUUAUGGCCAAACAGUCUAUUUCUGUUUCAUCAGACCAGAGGACAUUUCUCCAAAAAGUACGAUCUUUGUCCCCAUGUGCAGUUGCAAACCGUAGUCCUCUGUAGCUCAGCUGGUACAGCUGGUAGAGCACGGCGCUUGUAACGCCAAGGUAGUGGGUUCGAUCCCCGGGACCACCCAUACACAACAACAAAAAAUGUAUGCACGCAUGACUGUAAGUCGCUUUGGAUAAAAGCGUCUGCUAAAUGGCAUUAUUAUUAUUAUUAUAGUCUGGCUUUUUUAUGGCGGUUUGGAGCAGUGGCUUCUUCCUUGCUAAGCGGCCUUUCAGGUUAUGUCGAAAUAGGACUCGUUUUACUGUGGAUAUAGAUAAUUUUGUACCUGUUUCCUCCAGCAUCUUCACAAGGUCCUUUUGUUGUUCUGGGAUUGAUUUGCACCAAAGUACGUUCAUCUCUAGCAGACAGAACGCAUCUCCUUCCUGAGCGGGAUAACGGCUGCGUGGUCCUGUGGUGUUUAUACUUGCGUACUAUUGUUUGUACAGAUGAACGUGGUACCUUCAGGCUUUUGGAAAUUGCUCCCAAGGAUGAACCAGACUUGUGGAGGUCUACAACAUUUUUUCUAAGGUCUUGGCUGAUUUCUUUUGAUUUUCCCAUGAUGUCAAGCAAAGAGGCACUGAAUUUGAAGGUAGGCCUUGAAAUACAUCCACAGGUACACCUCCAAUUGACUCAUGAUGCCAAUUAGCCUAGCAGAAGCUUCUAAAGCCAUGACAUCAUUUUCUGGAAUUUUCCAAACUCUUUAAAGGCACAGUCAACUUAGUGUAUGUAAACUUCUGACCCACUGGAAUUGUGAUACAGUGAAAUAAUCUGUCUGUAAACAAUUGUUGGAAAAAUAACUUGUCAUGCACAAAAUAUAUGUCCUAACCGACUUGCCAAAACUAUAGUUUGUUAACAAGAAAUUUGUGGAGUGGUUGAAAAAUAAGUUUUAAUGACUCCAACCUAGGUGUAUUUAAACUUCCGACUUCAACUGUACAUUCAUAUUAUUAAUUUUAGCUCUCUGUGUACAUCCAAGGGUCAGCCGUGCUGCCCUGUUCUGAGUAAAUUGCAACUUUACUAAGUCAUUUUUUUGUGGCACCUGACCACGCGACUGAACAGUAGUCCAGGUGUGACAAAACUAGGGCCAUUAGGACCUGCCUGGUUGAUAGUGCUGUUAAGAAGGUAGAGCAGCGCUCUAUUAUUACAUACUUCUCCCCAUCUUAGCUACUGUUGUAUCAAUAUGUUUUGACCAUGACAGUUUACAAUCCAGGGUAACUCCAAGCAGUUUUGUCACCUCAACUUGCUCAAUUUCCACAUUAUUUAUUACAGUAUUUAGUUGAGGUUUAGUGAAUGAUUUGUCCCAAAUACAAUGCUUUUAGUUUUAGUCUUAAAUAAUUCUAACUUAUUCCUUGCCACCCACUCUGAAACUAACUGCAACUCUUUAAGUGUUGCAGUCAUUUCAGUCGCUGUAGUAGCUGACAUGUAUAGUGUUGAGUCAUCCGCAUACAUGGACACUAUUGCUUUACUCAAAGCCAGUGGCAUGUCAUUAGUAAAGAUUGAAAAAAGUAAUGGGCCUAGAAAGCUGCCCUGGGGAAUUCCUGAUUCUAUCUGGAUUAUGUUGGAGAGGCUUCCAUUAAAGAACACCCUCUGUGUUCUGUUAGACAUAUAACUCUGUAGCCACAAUAUAGCAGGUGGAGUAAAGCCAUAACACAUGUUUUUCCAGCAGCAGACUAUGGUCGAUAAUGUCAAAAGCUGCACUGAAGUCUAACACAACAGUCCCCACAAUCUUUUUAUCAUCAAUUUCUCUCAGCCAAUCAUCAGUCAUUUGUGUAAGUGCUGUUCUUGUUGAAUGUCCUUCUCUAUUAGCAUGCUGAGAGUUUGUCAAUUUGUUUACUGUAAAAUAGCAUUGUAUCUGGUCAAACACCCUUUUUUCCAAAACUUUACUAAGGGUUGGUAACAGGCUAAUUGGUCGGCUAUUUGAGCCAGUAAACGGGGCUUUACUAUUUUUAGGUAGCGGAAUGACUUUUGCUUCCCUCCAAGCCUGGGGGCACACACAUUCUAGUAGGCUUAAAUUGAAAAUAUGGCAAAGGAGUGGCAAUAUCGUCCGCUAUUAUCCUCAGUAAUUUUCCAUCCAAGUUGUCAGACCCUCAUGGCUUGUCAUUGUUGACAAUACAUUUUUCACCUCUUCCACACUCACUUUACGGAAUUCAAAAUUACAAUGCUUGUCUUUCAUAUUUGGUCAGAUAUACUUGGAUGUGUAGUGUCAGCAAUUGUUGCUGGCAUGUCAUGCAUAAGUUUGCUAAUCUUGCCAAUGAAAAAAUCAUUAAAGUAGUUGGAAAUAUCAGUUGUGUUUGUGAUGAAUGAGCCAUCUGAUUCAAUGAAUGAUGGAGUGGAGUUUGCCUCUUUUCCCAAUUUUCAUUAAAGGUGCUCCAAAGCUUUUUACUAUAAUUCUUUGUCAUUUAUCUUUGUUUCAUGGUAUAGUUUCUUCUUUUUAUUCAGUUUAGUCACAUGAUUUCUCAAUUUGCAAUAUGUUUGCCAAUCGGUUGUGCAGCCAGACUUAUUUUUCAUUCCUUUUGCCUCAUCCCUCUCAACCAUACAAUUUUUCAAUUCCUCAUCAAUCCACGGGGAUUUCAUUUUUUGGUGAUUUUCUUAAUGGGUGCGUGCUUAUUAGUAACUGGAAUAAGCAAUUUCAUAAAUGUGUCAAGUGCAGUGUCUGUUUGCUCCUCAUUACACACCACGGACCAACAUAUUCUUUACAUCAACAACAUAGGAAUCACUACAAAACUUAUUGUAUGACCUCUCUUAUACACAAUAUUAGGCCCAGCCUUUGAAACUUUGGUUUUCCAAGAUAUGGCUACUACAUUGUGAUCACUACAUCCAAUGGAUUUUGAUACUGCUUUCAAACAAAUGUCUGCAGCAUUAGUAAAGAUAUGAUCAAUACAUGUUGAUGAUUUAAUUCCUGUAUUGUUUGUAACUACCCUGGUAGGUUGACUGAUAACCUGAACCAGGUUGCAGGCACUAGUUACAGUUUGAAGCUUUCUCUUGAGUGGGCAGCCUGAUGAAAGCCAGUCAAAAUUUAAAUCACCCAGGAAGUAUACCUCUCUAUUGAAAUCACAUUCAUUUCACACAUGUUAUCCAGAUACUGACUGUUAGCAGUUGGUGGUCUAUAGCAGCAUCCCACCAGAAUGGGCUUUAGGUGAGGCAGAUAAACCUGUAACCAUAUUACUUCAACAGUAUUUAACAUGAGAUCCUCUCUAAUCUUCACAGGAAUGUGGUUCUGAAUAUAAACACCACCAUUGGCAUUUCUAUCUUUUCUGUAAAUGUUAUAACCUUGUAUUGCUACCACUGUAUCAUCAAAGGUAUUAUCUAAGUGAGUUUCAGAGAUAGUCAUAAUAUGAAUGUCAUCUGUUACUAGCAAAUUAUUGAUUUAAUGAACCUCGUUUCAUAAGCUACAUAUGUUAACGUGGGCUAUUUUGAGCACUUCUUCUGGGAUGCUUACUUGUUUUUAUUGCUUUACUGGGAAGCUUAGCAGCAGUAGAUGUGCUCAUGUUCUUUAUCUUAGUGCAGGGUGAGCUGUACACAGUGGACUUCCUCCUCGGGCACACCGGCUCAGUGCUAACAGUAUAACUCUGGUUCUUAGGCACAUGAUUACUGCAUACAAUAGCUGUAGAUCAGCAGAGGCAUUCAGGGCAGUUAGAGGGACAUAGUGUAGACAUUACUGUGAAUUGCUUACUUACAGUGCAUUUAUUUUUAAUAAAAAAGUAAAAUAAAACAACAAAGGGUUGAGGGGAAAAAAAGAGCAGAAGAAAAAUAACAGUAGGAAGGCUAUAUACAGGGGGGUACUGGUGCAGAGUCAAUGUGCAGGGGCACCGGCUAGUUGAGGUAAUUAACAGAGUAGCAGCAGCGUAAAAAGAUGGGGUGGGGGAGCAAAUAGUCCGGGUAGCCAUGAUUAGCUGUUCAGGAGUCUUAUGGCUUGGGGGUAGAAGCUGUAGAGAAGCCUUUUGGACCUAAACUUGGCGCUCCGGUACCACUUGCAGUGCGGUAGCAGAGAGAACAGUCUAUGACUAGGGUGGCAAUUUUUAGGGCCUUUCUCUGACACCGCCUGGUAUAGAGGUCCUGGAUGGCAGGAAGCUUGGCCCCAGUGAUGUACUGGGCCGUACGCACUACCCUCUGUAGUGCCUUGCGGUAUGAGACCGAGCAGUUGCCAUAGCAGGUGGUGAUGCAACCAGUCAGGAUGCUCUCGAUGGUGCAGCUGUAGAACUUUUUGAGGAUCUGAGGACCCAUGCCAAAUCUUUUCAGUCUCCUGAGGGGGAAUAGGCUUUGUCGUGCCCUCUUCACGACUGUCUUGGUGUGUUUGGACCAUGAUAGUUCGUUGGUGAUGUGGAUACCAAGGAACUUGAAGCUCUCAACCUGUUCCACUACAGCCCCGUCGACGAGAAUGGGGGCGUGCUCAGUCCUCUUUUUUUUUUCCUGUAGUCCACAAUCAUCUCCUUUGAUUAAAACCCACAUGGACUACGAUAUAAUCGAUUUCAAUGUCCUCACUUAGUAGAUUUGGGAGCAGCUUAGUAAUGUCAUUUACUCUACAUUGUUUUUGCACCAGGAACGGUCACAUUUCUUACCAUAGAGCUGCUCAAAAUCACAGCCGGCGAGGACGAGGAAAUCCGCCCACUCCCACGCUUCACAGGAUGCAGGCCUCCGACAGAUGGAGAAGCCCAGCUCAAUCCAGAGCAGGGACGGAAGGUUGGCGACUUCGAAAUCGUAAGUAGUAGGCACUGUGGCCGCAGACACCCCCAGCGACGAAGGUGCAGGAAGAUCAGGCUCCAGGAUGGUGAAACUAUUCGUUUUUUGUAUCCGCUCCGGGCCUCUCGUUGGAAGUGUAGACUGCUUUGUGGGAGAUCAUUGUCUUCGGCUUCCACGGCAUGUGACAUGCAACCAUCGUUGAUUGCCUUUCUCCUCAUGCUGUGCUCCUUCGACAGCGCAGUCAGAUGGGGGAGCUCCGGGCAACACCCUGGCCAGUCGGAUAACGACAAACGACAAGGCAGAGAUUUAUCCAACAAGCGCGAACGCAGUCCAGCCACCGGCGUAGAAAAUGUAAACAUUCCACUCUGCGUUUCCCCCAGUUUCUUACAUAGACUGGCGACUUGCCGAGGAUUAUAGGCUUGAGGUGGCUUCCUUGAUCACGCAAGUAAACCACUCAGAGUGAUCCGGUUUGUCCCGAAACAAAGCGUAAUAGAUACAGCUCCUACAGCGCUGGAACUGUUUAUUUAGUUCUCCGUUGCAAAACUCAUAUGGUACCAACUUCGUUAGCUUGAUGGCUAGCAGCUUAGCGUCUCUGAAAACGAUUAAUAUUGAUACGUUACUAGCUCAAACACUUCAUCUGCAAAAAUGACCAGAUAAUUAUUGGAUGAUGGCGAUUUCAGAACCAAAGUGUGGGGGAUACAAAAAUAGGCUGUGUUUUUCAUAGGAGGCGAAUGUAGCUUGUUUUUGUCUGCCAAUCAUCAGUGGCACUAGGCUCUGGCUGUGUGUGUGUGUGUAGCUUUGAUUAGCCAACCCAGCUAACUAGCUUCUCUUCUUGGUUCGAUGCAGUCAACACGAGUACUAUGUAAUCAGAUUGGAUGAUAAAUAACCUAGCAGCUAGAAAUUACUAACUAGUACAAGUGGGCUUGGUUGCUGCCCUCUCUUCCUCCUCGUGCUACUCAGCCACAGUCACAAACACAGCACGGCCCCUCCCCCGCCUGGUGCUAGCUCAGUUUCCCUCUCACUUGGUUCAUGCAUUUAAAAGCUUCAGUUAAUAACAUAGCAAAAACUAUGUAUUGUCUACUGCGUCCCUCACUCGGAUCAGAGUGGGUUUGGACUUGAGAGGGUCUAUACAGGGCUGGGUCUGGUUGUCCUCUGGUCCGUUCGGACUGGGUCUCCAUGUUUAAAACAUUUAAUUUAUUCAGGUAGGGUCCAGGGAGGAAAGCUUGUUGGACCUGAGAAGACCUCUAAUCUUAGAUAUGUAUUGGAUCGUCUUGAAAGGGAAAGAUGCACAUCCCUAAUAAUAGGUCAUUAGGUAUGUGUGAUAUUAAUAAAGGUUAAAAUAUAUUUGACUGUGAACGUCAUUGACCUAUGUAAUGGUGUUUCUGCACUACUCGUAGCCUUAUUUGGCCAAGAGGGGCUUGAAUUCUGGAUUUAGCAAUGCAGUUUUUCAACUGGUUAAUCUUACCUUUGGCUCAUGGCUUUAGUUUGCGUAGCAUUUUCUAUUGUCAUUGACCGACCAAUGCUUCCCGUUUUUGAUUUUGAAGGUGUGAGUCUUUGGGUAAUGGUUAGCCUAACUAUGGGCUGUCGUACUUGCCCUUUAGUCAUGACAUGAAUACUCUGUAACUUGGAAUUCUGUGCAACUAGUCCGGAUGUGAACCCGGACCAGUUACACCUGUUUCUUAUUAAUUUGAAUAAACUGAAUGCGUGACAUGGGCUAAGUCUGUAGCAGUUGACAGGUAUGACAGUUGGCCAGUGACAAUUCACUGAUGCAAUGACAAUCUGCACAAUCCAAAACACUGAAAGAUUAGUGGUACUGGUAAUGCCUUGUACCAGGUCCCACCAAGCAUUUCUUUACCAUGUUUUUUUUUGGAGAAUUUCCCCAGUUGUAGAGCUGUUGAGUGUUUUCUCAUAUGCGUCAUCAAUGAAUGGUAAAAAAAGAAGGGCCUACUCAAGAGGCCACGUCAGACCACCUUGGUUGAUUGGACUGUUUGUUUUAAGGUUUCUAAGCAACUGUUUGCUGGGGAGGAAAUUGAUAAAGGGAAAGAACGUUCAUUGAAUUGGUUUGUUGAUUGUUAUCGUAGGCUACUUUUUAUUUUAUUAAGCCACUCACAAUUGACCUUAAAAAAAAAAAAAAAAAAAAUAUAUAAAAUCUGCUCUACUGUCUUGUGUAGAAUAACACAAUUAUAGUGUACUAUUGCCUCUCGGUUGCUGUACUUUUUGAAUUCCCACUCCUUGGGCCAUGAGGGUCACAAACCUUGUGUACUCUUAGGGGAGUCACAUCUAUCAGGAAGGGCUGAGACCUUUUGACAUGGCGCUAAGGGCAGCUCUGCAUUCCUGUCUUGUUUGUUUGUUAGUUUGUUUUCAUAUCGGAGUUUGUUGAGGAAAUGCUUGAAUGCAAAGGACAUCUCUUCUUACCCCGGCUGUGUUUACAAGUUUGCUGUAUUCAGAGGUGAAUUGGAGCUGGUAUGUUUGUAAAGGUGUUAGCUUUGUCAGACACUUUUCUGCACUUAAAAACACAUUUGUACAUGUUAACAUGGGAUCCUUGUUUUUUUUCUUCAUUUUGUGACACCUCUAAGUACUAUUACCAUGCCAUGAUUUUAGAGUAGGGAUGUGCAUCUUUCCAUUUCAAGACGAUUUUAUACGUAUCUGGACUACGAUACUGGAACGAUUUUAGUUUGAAACAAUUCUGUUUGAUUAGAGAACGAUUCUAUGCUAUUCGAUACGAUGCACAAACAUUUGUUGUAUAAACUCUUAUUUUCCCUUCUAAAUGUAAAAUCUGCUGCUGAUGGAGCUCAUGAGCUGACUUCUGUGUGUAAAUUAUGUACAGUGCAUUCCGAAAGUAUUCAGACCCCCUCCCCCUUUCCACAUUUUGUGACGUUACAGCCUUAUUCAAAAAUGGAUUUAAUAUUUUUUUUCUUCAUCAAUCUACGCACAGUACCCCAUAAUGACAAAGCAAAAACAGGUUUUUAGACAUUUUUAGCAAAUCUAUAAAAUAAAAACAUCACUUAAGUAUUCAGACCCUUUACUCUGUAUUUUAUUGAAGCAGCGAUUACAGCCUUGAGUCUUCUUGGGUAUGACGCUACAAGCUCGGCACAUGUAUUUGGGGAGUUUCUCCCAUUCUUCUCUGCAGAUCCUCUCAGCUCUGUCAGGUUGGAUGGGGAAUGUCGCAGCACAGCUAUUUAAAAAAAGGUCUCUCCAGAGAUGUUAGAUCGGGUUCAAGUCCGGGCUCUGGCUGGGCCACUCAAGGACAUUCAGAGACUUGUCCCGAAGCCACUCCUGCGUUGUCUUGGCUGUGUGCUUAGGGUUGUUGUCCUGUUGGAAGGUGAACCUUCGCCCCAGACUGAGGUCCUGAGUACUCUGGAGCAGGUUUUCGUGAAGGAUCUCUCUGUACUUUAAGCCGUUCAUCUUUCCCUCGAUCCUGACUAGUCUCCCAGUCCCUGCCGCUGAAAAACAUCCCCACAGCAUGAUGCUGCCACCACCAUGCUUCACUGUAGGGAUGGUGCCAGGUUUCCUCCAGACGUGACGCUUGGCAUUCAGGCCAAAUAGUUCAAUCUUGGUUUCAUCAGACUAGAGAAUCUUGUUUCAUGGUCAGAGUCAUUUAGGUUCCUUUUGGCAAACUCCAAGCGGGCUGUCAUGUGCCUUUUUACUGAGGUGUGGCAACUCUACCAUAAAGGCCUGAUUAGCGGAGUGCUGCAGAGAUGGUUGUCCUUCUGGAAGGUUCUCCCAUCUCCACAGAGGAACUCUGGAGCUCUGUCAGAGUGACCAUCGGGUUCUUGGUCACCUCCCUGACCAAGGCCCUUCUCCCCCGAUUGCUCAGCAUGGCCGGGCAGCCAGCUCUAGGAAGAGUCUUGGUGGUUCCGAACUUCUUCCAUUUAAGAAUGAUUGAGGCCACUGUGUUCUUGGAGACCUUCAAUGCUGCAGAAAUGUUUUGGUUCACUUCCCCAGAUCUGUGCCUCGACACAAUCCUGUCGUCUUGGAGCUCUACAGACAAUUCCGUCGACCUUAUGGCUUGGUUUUUGAUCUGACAUGCAUUGUCAACUGUGGGAUGUUAUAUAGUCAGGUGUGCGCCUUUCCAAAUCAUGUCCAAUCAAUUGAAUUGACCGCAGGUGGACUCCAAUCAAGUUGUAGAAACAUCUCAAGGAUGAUCAAUGGAAACAGGAUGCACCUGAGCUCAAUUUCGAGUCUCCUAGCAAAGGGUCUGAAUACUUAUUUUCGCUUUGCCAUUAUUGGGUAUUAUGUGUAGAUUGUGUGUGUGUGUGGUGGGGGGGGGGGACAAUUUAAUCAAUUUUAGAAUGAGGCUGUAACGUAACAAAAUGUGACACUGGGAGAGGAAUUCUCCUUUCAACAGGACAAUAACCUACAACACAAAGCCAAAUCUACACUGGAGUUUGCUUACUAAGAAGACCAUGAAUGUUCCUGGAGUGGCCAAUAAGCUUGGCCGGUAUACCGGGGUAUUUCGAAAAAGCCACAGGAUGGUUUUACAAUACCGUCAACUAUUUCUAUGAAGUUUUUCAAGAGAUUUGAAUAAUUUGUAGCAACUUUUUAAGUUAAUACCUGAAGUCAACUUGUGCAAUACAUUAGGAGAUAAAGCAUAUUCUGUUCUUAAUUUCACCGGUCACAUUAUGAAGCUUACCAUAGUUCCCCAGAACAGUUCAGCCAAUCACGUGUUUGUAAAUAGCACAACGGGAGAAAGCGAGCUGGUGCGUCCAUAGCGUUCUAUAUCUAUCGGCAAGUCUCUGUUACACUUGUAUGCAAUUCCCUACUAAAUGUUUGCCAUCAGAUACUGUAUCUUUUAAUGGCUUUCCGCCAGAAGUCAAAGAGCUCUGGAUGAGUUCUGUACAGCUGCCAUUUCUUCCUUGUGCUUCCUACUAGUGUCCCCCCCCACCCCUAUUGGCCAAAUUAGUUGCCUUAAAUCUGCUUGAAUAUCUAUGGCAAAAUUUGAAAAUUGGUGUCUAGCCAUGAUCCAACACCUAGACAGAGCUUGAAGAAUUUUGAAAAGAAUAAUGGGGGAAUAUUGCCCAACACCAGUGUGCAAAGCUCUUAUGAGACUUACCCAAGAAGAGACAACUGUAAAUUGCUGCCAAAGGUGUUUCUAACAUGUAUUGACUCGGGGGUGAAUACUUAUCUAAUCAAUGUUUUUAUUUUUCAUUAAUCUAAAAAAAGGUACAAUUUUUCUUCCACUUUGACAGAGUAUUUAUGUAGGUCGAUUACAAAAAUGACAAGUCCAUUUUAUUCCCACUUUGUAACACAAAAUUAGGAAAUCCAUGGAGGGUGUUGACUUUCUAUAGGCACUGUACACCAUAGACAUACAGUGCAUUCGGAAAGUAUUCAGACCCCUUGACUUUUUCCACAUUUCAUUAACAAUUUAAAAACAGAAGUACCAUAUUUAUGUAAGUAUUCAGACCCUUUGCCAUGAGACUCGAAAUUGAGCUCAGGUGCAUCCUGUUUCCUUUAACCUUCCUUGAUGUUUCUACAACUUGAUUGGAGUCCACCUGUGGUAAAUUUAAAUUGUUUGGACAUGAUUUGGAAAGGCACACACCUGUCUAUAUAAGGUCCCACAGUUGACCGUGCAUGUCAGAGCAAAAACCAAGCCACAAGGUUGAAGGAAAUGUCGUAGAGCUCCGAGACAGGAUUGUGUCGAGGCACAGAUCUGGGGAAGGGUAUAGAAAAAUGUCUGCAUCAUCAAGGUCCCAAGAACACAGUGGCCUCCAUCAUUAAAGACUCUUCCUAGAGCUGGCAGACCGGCCUAACUGAGCAAUAGGGGGAGAAGAGCCUUGGUCAGGGAGGUGACCAAGAACCCGAUGGUCACUCCUGACAGAGUUCUAUCUGUGGAGAUGGGAGAACCUUCCAGAAGGACAACCAUCGCUGCAGCAUUCUGAUAAUCAGGCCUUUAUGGUAGAGUUGCCAAACGGAAGCCACUCCUCAGUAAAAGGCACAUGACAGCCCGCUUGGAGUUUGCCAAAAGGCACCUGAAGGACUCUCAGACCAUGAGAAACAAGAUUCUCUGGUCUGAUGAAACCAAGAUUGGCCUGAAUGCCAAGCGUCACGUCUGGAGGAAACCUGGCACCAUCCCUACGGUGAAGCAUGGUGGUGGCAGCAUCAUGUGGGGAUGUUUUUCAUGGGCAGGGACUGGGAGACUAGUCAGGAUCGAGGGGAAGAUGAAGAGCGCAAAGUACAGAGAGAUCCUUGAUGAAAACCUGCUCCAGAGCGCUCAGGACCUCAGACUUGGGUGAAGGUUCACCUUCCAACAGGACAACGACCCUAAGCGCACAGCCAAGACAAUGCAGGAGUGGCUUCGGGACAAGUCUCUGAAUGUCCUUGAGUGGCCCAGCCAGAGCCCGGACUUGUACCCGAUCGAACAUCUCUGGAGAUACCUUUUUUUAAAUAGCUGUGCAGCGACGCUCCCCAUCCAACUUGACAGAGCUUGAGAGGAUCUGCAGAGAAGAAUGGCAGAAACACCCCAAAUACAGGUGUACCAAGCUUGUAGCGUCAUACCCAAGAGUACUCGAGGCUGUAAUCGCUGCCAAAGGUGCUUUUUUAUAUAUAUAUAUUUUUUUAUAAAUUUGCUGAAAUAUAUAAACCUGUGUUUGCUUUGUCAUUAUGGGGUAUUGUGUGUAGAUUUGAGGAGGGGGGGGAACAAUUUAAUCAAUUUUAGAAUAAGGCUGUAACAUAAUGUGGAAAAAGUCAAGGGGUCUGAAUACUUACUCCGAAUGCACUGUAUGUAUGUACAGUGGGGGGAAAAAGUAUUUAGUCAGCCACCAAUUGUGCAAGUUCUCCCACUUAAAAAGAUGAGAGAGGCCUGUAAUUUUCAUCAUAGGUACACGUCAACUAUGACAGACAAAUUGAGAUUGUUUUUCCCAGAAAAUCACAUUGUAGGAUUUUUAAUGAAUUUAUUUGCAAAUUAUGGUGGAAAAUAAGUAUUUGGUCACCUACAAACAAGCAAGAUUUCUGGCUCUCACAGACCUGUAACUUCUUCUUUAAGAGGCUCCUCUGUCCUCCACUCGUUACCUGUAUUAAUGGCACCUGUUUGAACUUGUUAUCAGUAUAAAAGACACCUGUCCACAACCUCAAACAGUCACACUCCAAACUCCACUAUGGCCAAGACCAAAGAGCUGUCAAAGGACACCAGAAACAAAAUUGUAGACCUGCACCAGGCUGGGAAGACUGAAUCUGCAAUAGGUAAGCAGCUUGGUUUGAAGAAAUCAACUGUGGGAGCAAUUAUUAGGAAAUGGAAGACAUACAAGACCACUGAUAAUCUCCCUCGAUCUGGGGCUCCACGCAAGAUCUCACCCCGUGGGGUCAAAAUGAUCACAAGAACGGUGAGCAAAAAUCCCAGAACCACACGGGGGGACCUAGUGAAUGACCUGCAGAGAGCUGGGACCAAAGUAACAAAGCCUACCAUCAGUAACACACUACGCCGCCAGUGACUCAAAUCCUGCAGUGCCAGACGUGUCCCCCUGCUUAAGCCAGUACAUGUCAAGGCCCGUCUGAAGUUUUGCCAGAGUGCAUUUGGAUGAUCCAGAAGAGGAUUGGGAGAAUGUCAUAUGGUCAGAUGAAACCAAAAUAGAACUUUUUGGUAAAAACUCAACUCGUCGUGUUUGGAGGACAAAGAAUGCUGAGUUGCAUCCAAAGAACACCAUACCUACUGUGAAGCAUGGGGGUGGAAAUAUCAUGCUUUGGGGCUGUUUUUCUGCAAAGGGACCAGGACGACUGAUCCGUGUAAAGGAAAGAAUGAAUGGGGCCAUGUAUCGUGAGAUUUUGAGUGAAAACCUCCUUCCAUCAGCAAGGGUAUUGAAGAUGAAACGUGGCUGGGUCUUUCAGCAUGACAAUGAUCCCAAACACACCGCCCGGGCGACGAAGGAGUGGCUUCGUAAGAAGCAUUUCAAGGUCCUGGAGUGGCCUAGCCACUCUCCAGAUCUCAACCCCAUAGAACAUCUUUGGAGGGAGUUGAAAGUCCGUGUUGCCCAGCGACAGCCCCAAAACAUCACUGCUCUAGAGGAGAUAUGCCAUGGAGGAAUGGGCCAAAAUACCAGCAACAGUGUGUGAAAACCUUGUGAAGACUUACGGAAAACGUUUGACCUGUGUCAUUGCCAACAAAGGGUAUAUAACAAAGUAUUGAGAAACUUUUGUUAUUGACCAAAUACUUAUUUUCCACCAUAAUUUGCUAAUAAAUUCAUAAAAAAUCCUACAAUGUGAUUUUCUGGAUUUUUUUUCCUCAUUUUGUCUGUCAUAGUUGACGUGUAGCUAUGAUGAAAAUUACAGGCCUCUCUCAUCUUUUUAAGUGGGAGAACUUGCACAAUUGGUGGCUGACUAAAUACUUUUUUUCCCCACUGUAUGUGGGACAAAGGGGGUAGUCAUUCAAAUUAUGCCUACCCAAAUUCACUCAAAUCAAAUCUUGUCACAUACAUACAGUUUAGCAGAUGUUAUUGCGUGUGUAGCGAAAUGCUUGUGUUUCUAGCUCCAACAGUGCAGUGUGUAUCUAACAAUUCACAACAAUACACACAAUCUAAAAGUAAAAGAAUGAAAUUAAGGAAUAUUUAAAUAUAAUAAAUAUUAGGAUAAGCAAUGUCGGAGUGGCAUAUACUAAAAUACAGGAGAAUAGAAUACAGUAUAUGCAUAUGAGAUGAGUAAAGAAAAAAUAUAUGAACAUUAUUAGAGUGACUAGUGAUUUCAAGUCUAUGUAUAUGGGGCAGCAUCCUCUAAGGUGCAGGGUUACGUAACUGGGUGGAAGCCGCCUAGUGAUGGCUAUUUAACAGUCGGAUGGCCUUGAGAUAGAAGCUGUUUUUCAGUCUGUUGCCAUACCAGGACCCAGUUGCACAGGGCGGGGUUCAGACCCAGGGCCCCGAGCUUAAUGAUGAGCUUGGAGGGUACUAUGGUGUUGAAUGCUGUGCUACAGUCAAUGAACAGCAUUCUUACAUAGGUAUUCCUCUUGUCCAGAUGGCAUAGGGUAGUGUGCAGUGCGAUGGUCCUCUGUAGCUCAGCUGGUAGAGCACGGCGCUUGUAACGCCAGGGUAGUGGGUUCGAUCCCCGGGACCACCCAUUCACAAAAUGUAUGCACGCAUGACUGUAAGUCGCUUUGGAUAAAAGCGUCUGCUAAAUGGCUUAUUAUUAUUAUUAUAUUAUUAUCGUCUGUGGAUCUAUUGGGGCGGUAAGCACAUUUUGAAGUGGGUCUAGGAUGUCAGGUAAGGUAGAGGUGAUAUGAUCCUUAACUAGCCUCUCAAAGCACUUCAUGACAGAAGUGAGUGCUACGGGGGCAAUAGUCAUUUAGUUCAGUUACCUUUGCUUUCUUGGGUAAAGCAACAAUGGUAGACGUCUUGAAGCACGUGGGGACAGCAAACUGGGAUAGGGAGAGAUUGAAUAUGUCUGUAAACACUCCAGCCAGCUGGCCUGCGCAUGUUCUGAGGACGCGGCUAGAGAUGCCGUCUGGGCCGGCAGCCUUGCGAGGGCUACUCACGUCGGCCACGGAGAAGGAGAGCCCACAGUCCUUGGCAGUGGGCCGCGUCGGUGGCGCUGUUAUCCUCAAAGCGGGCGAAGGGGUUUUUGCUUGUCGGGAAGCAAGACGUCGGUGUCCACGAUGUGGCUGGUUUUCCCUUUUGUAUUCCGUGAUUUGUCUGUAGACCCUGCCACAUAUGUCUCGUGUCUGAGCCGUUGAAUUGCGACUCAACUUUGUCUCUAAACUGACGUUUUGCCUGUUGGAUUGCCUUACUGAGGGAGUAACUACACUGUUUGUAUUCGGCCAUAUUCCCAGUCACCUUGCCAUGGUUAAAUGCAGUGGUUCGUGCUUUCAGUUUUGAGCGAAUGCUGCCAGCUAUCCACGGUUUCUGGUUGUUGUAGGUUUAAUAGUCCACAGUGGGUACAACAUCUCCUAUACACUUCCUAAUUAACUCAGUCACCGUUGUCUUGUAUUUGUUGAUGUUAUUCUUGGAGGCUACCCGGAUCAUAUCCCAGUCCAAGUGAUCAAAACAAUCUUGAUGCGUGGAUUCCUAUUGGUCAGACCAGUGUUGAAUAGUCCUUAGCACGGGUACGUCCUGUUUUGAGUUUUUGCCUAUAGGAAGGGGGGAGCAAAAUGGAGUCGUCGAUCAGAUUUGCCGAAGGGAGGGCAGCGGAGGGCCUUGUAGGCAUCCCGGAAGUUGGAGUAGCAGUGGUCAAGUGUUUUAGCAGCGCGAGUACUACAGUCAAUGUGUUGAUAGAACUUAGGUCGUUUUCCUAAAAUGUGCUUUGUUAAAAUCCCCAGCUACAAUAAAUGUGGCCUCAGAUUUGCAUAAAGUCCAGUGAAGUUCUUUUGAGGUCCGUCACGGUAUCGGCUUGAGGGAGAAUAUACACGGCUGUGACUAUGUAACCGAAGAGUAUUCUCUUGGGAGGUAAUACGGUCUUCAUUUGAUUGUGAGGUAUUCUAGGUCGGGUGAAUAAAAGGACUUGAGUUCCUUUAUGUUAUCACAAUCACACCGUGAGUGGUUAAUCAUGAAAGGAACACCCCGCCUUUCUUCUUCCCGGAGAGUAUUUUAUUUCUGUCUGCGCGAUAUACUGAGAACGCAACUGGCUGUAUGGACAAAGACAGGAGAUCCCGAGAGAGCCAUGUUUCCAUGAAACCGAGUAUGUUACAAUCCCUGAUGCCUCUCUGGAAGGAGAUUCUCGCCCUGAGCUCGUCUACUUUAUUAUCCAGAGACUGAACAAUAGCUAGUAAUAUUCUCGAAAGCGGUGGAUGGUGUGCACACCACCUAAGUCAGACUAGAAGUCCACUCCGAAUACCUCUUCUCCGCCGGCUGUGUUUUGGAUCAGCCUCUGGAAUCAGUUAAAUUUCCCUGAGGGGUACGAACAAAGGAUCCAAUUCAGGAAAGUCGUAUUCCCGGUCGUAAUGCUGGUGAGUAACUGCCGCUCUGAUAUCCAAAAUGUAUUUCCGGCAGUAUGUAAUAACAGAAAAACAUUCCUGGACUAAUAAUGUAAGAAAUAACACACACAAAACAAUAUACUGCAAAGUUGUUUAGGAGCUAGAAGCAGAACUUCCAUGUCCAUAUAACUUAUGUGAGUUGUUAAGCCAAAUUUUACUUCUGAACUAAUUUAGGCUUGCCUUAACAAAGGGAAUUAAUGCUUAUUAAAUUACUAUUUCAGUUAUUGCAUUUUUAUUGAUUUGUCAAUUUGUAUAAUUUUCUUUAAACUUUGACAUUAUGGAGUAUUUUGCAAAGGACAAUGACAAAAUUACAAUUAAAUAUAUUUAAAUCUCACGUUACGCAACAAAAUGUGAAUAAGUUCAAGGGGGUGUCGACUUUUUAUAGAUACUAUAUGUAGUCACCUGGGCUCAGCCAUAAGGGAGACUAGGCAUCUACCACCCCUUUACCAAUAUCAGAUUAGGGGGGGUUUAUGUAGCCUAUUUUUCUUUUUUUGUCCCCCCCACUUUGGUUCAGAAAUCAGCAUCACGCGCUAAUUACCUUUGUCAUUAAUGCAUAUUGAGCUAGUAAUGUAUCAAUAUUUAUCGUUUACAAGUUAGCUAUGACAUAGCCAAUGAAUUUGUAUAUGUAUGUGUGUGUGUGUAUAUAUAUAUAUAUAUAAUCUACCACCAUCGUUCAAAAGUUUGAGGUCACUUAGAAAUGUCCUUGUUUUUGAAAAGAAAUGCAGAUUUUUUGUCUAACAUAACAUCAAAUUGUUCAGAAAUACAGUGUAGACAUCGUUAAUGUUGUAAAUGGCUAUUGUAGCUGGAAAACGGCUGAUUUUUUAAAUGGAAUAUCUACAUUUAUCAGCAACCAUCAGUCCUGUGUUCCAAUGGCACGUUGUGUUUGCUAAUCCAAGUUUAUGAUUUUAAAAGGCUAAUUGAUCAUUAAACCCUUUUGCAAUUUAUGUUAGCACAGCUGAAAACGAUUGUGCUGAUUUUAAAGAAGCAAUAAAGGUGGCCUUCUUGAGACUAGUUGAUUGUCUGGAGCAUCAUCAAUUGUGGGUUCGAUUACAGGCUCAAAAUGGCCAGAAACAAAGAACUUUCUUUGAUACUCGUCAGUCUAUUCUUGUUCUGAGAAAUGAAGGCUAUUCCAUGCGAGAAAUUGCCAAGAAACUGAAGAUCUUGUACAACGCUGUGUACUACUCCCUUCACAGAACAGCGCAGACUGGCUCUAACCAGAAUAGAAAGAGUGGGAGGCCCCGGUGCACAACUGAGUAAGAGGACAAAUACAUUAGUGUCUAGUUUGAGAAACAGGCUCCUCACAGGUCCUCAACUGGCAGCUUCAUUAAAUAGUACCCGCAAAACACCAGUCUCAACGUCAACAGUGAAGAGGUGACUCUGGGAUGCUGACCUUCUAGGCAGAGUUGCAAAGAAAAAGCCAUAUUUCAGACUGGCCAAUAAAAAAAGAUGAAGAUGGGCAGUCUGAGAUAUGGCUUUUUCUUUGCAACUCUGCCUAGAAGGUCAGCAUCCCAGAGUCUUUUUUUGGCUCCGUUGUCGCCGCUGAUAAGGCUUCCAUGGUAGGGGAAGUUGUCGACAUACUCAAGCGUCUCUCCACUGAUGGUAAUUGGUGGUGUAUUAAUGCAUAUGUCUUGGGUCUUCUGUAUGUUCAAAUGGAAACCAGUCUGUUUAGCAUGCAUGCUGAGUCUGACUACUGGAGGUGGAUGUAUUUGGAUGAUAUAGAGGCCAGAUCAUCCGCGAAGUUGAGGUAUUCUAGAUUAGAGAAGAGGGUCCACUGGAUUCCUCAGGCAUGGUCAGAUUGACACAUUACCCAGUUUAUGGUAACAUGAAAAGGAUUGGAAAGAGGAUGCAGCCUUGUCUGACACCAGACUUAAGUUGAAGUGACUCAGUAAGAGCACUAUCAAGGAUGAUGCUACAUUCAAAUUGUUCAUAGAACUUCCCAAUGAGGUUGACAAUCUUGGGUGGUAUUCCGUAGGCUCCAAGGAUUCUCCAUAAGCUCUCAUGGUGAACACUAUCCAAUGCCUUCUUGAAAUGAAUUAAGUUGGUCUAGAGGGGUGCAUUCCACCUGAGGCAUUGCUCGAUGUUGUGCAGGGCAAAGAUCUGGUCGAUCCAUCUUCCUUUGCGGAACCCAGCUUUUUCUUGUCUUAGUUUGUCAUCGACAGCAGUGUCAAUCCUUUUUGAAGAGUUUUCUGCAGAAGAUUUUGCUGGGGAUGGAGAGGAGUGUUGUCACAUUCACUGAGGUUUCCUUUCUUUGGCAGUUUGACGAUAAGUCAUUUUCGCCAGUAUUGUGGUAUGAUAUCGUGCUCCCAGAUCUUGCGAAAGCGAUCAGUCAGCACCUUGUUAGCUGUGUUGACAUCAGCUUUAAGUAGCCGUUGUCUCCGGUAGCUUACUUUUCUUACACUAUUUUCAACCGCGCAUAGAUAACGACAAUAGCAAAUUACAUAGGCUUUAUUAUUUGAAUGACAACCUAAUAUCACGCAAGCCAUUUUAGCAUUUGAAUGAGUGUAACUCUGUUUUUAUCGCACUGCUUUGCUUUAUCUUGGCCAGGUCGCAGUUGUAAAUGAUAACUUGUUCUCAACUGGCUUACCUGGUUAAAUAAAAAAAUGUGCCGCGCAGAUGUGCAAUAUCAGGAACAGGCCGCCUACCUCGCGUUGGGCACAGUGCGCAGUUUGACUAGGUUACUGAUACUGCCUGGGGUUGUUCGGCAUGCAAAUGACUUGGUUAAUGACUCAACAUUUACAUGCAGUUCGACACUGAAGGAGAGGACGAAUCAGUUGUCACAAGAUAAGUGGUAUUUUUGCAAUGUAGAAUGUAAUAUGAGCAAAACAAUUUAGUGAACUGGCGAUUCGUAACAUUGGAAUACAUUUUCUGACCAAUGUAUUCUACACUUGGAUUGGUUUGGGUUACGCGGACUGAUGCACAUGUAUCUUACACCUAUUUGAAUCAUUACAUCCCUAUUUUAGUGUAUGUCUUGGAAGUGCAAAUUGAGUGCAACUGAACAGGGUUGUUAAUCAGGUAGCUGAUUGUAGCUCAGUUGGUAGAGCAUGGCGCUUGCAACGUCUGGGUUAUGGGUUCGAUUCCCACGGGGGGCCAGUAUGAAAAAUGUAUGCACUCACUAACUGUAAGUCGCUCUGGAUAAGAGCGUCUGAUAAAUUACUAAAAUGUAAUGGUAUGUAUGUAUCUGCAACUCUCCUGGGACAGUGGUAACUACCUCAUUAGACACUAGGUGUCAUGACAGACCCAGAACCAAUCAAGACAAAAUAUAGUGUCCACCUAAAAUGAUAAUGGUGCUCCUGUCUUCCCCCAGGGAGCCGUGCCUAUGUGCUCCUGUCCCUCAGCCAGCAGGAUGGUAUUGAGCAGCACAUGGACUUUGACAAUCGCUACACCCUCCUGGAGCUGUUUGCGGAGACCACCUCCUCUGAAGAGCAUGGCAUUUCUUUUGAGGGGAUCCACCUCCCUCAGGUAGCUACCAAAUUGCAUUCCAUGUCUCUGUACAGUACUCUUACUUACCAAUGGAUUCCUACAUGUACCUCUAGAACAAACCAGUGAAUUACCUGUCGCUGAGAUGUAAUGUGACGUUUCCUCUGUGUGCUCCAGAUUCCAGGAAAGCUGCUUUUCUCCCUGGUGAAGCGCUACCUGUGUGUGACGUCCCUGAUGGACAAGCUCAACACAGCAGGGGUGGAGUCGAGCUCUGAGCGGCAAGAUGCAGCAGGCUCCUCCUCAGGGACAGGCCACCAGACAGAGAACCUGCGUGUCCAGCGAGAGUUUGAGUUCACCAUGGCCAUGGCUAACCUCAUCUCUGAGCUGGUGCGCGUCAUGGGCUGGGACCGCAACCGGCAGCCGCCACAGUCCAGCGGCCUGGACCAGGGCAGCACCUGCGGGGAGGACCAGGAGGACGAGCCGCCCCGCCGUAUGGUGCGCUCCAUCUUUCAGCCCCGUUUCUCUGCCUCUGCUUCUGCCUCUCCUGUCGCUGCCUCCUCUAACAUGGCAGCCGCCACACCACCCAAGAAGAAGACCGGCAACGGCUUCAAGACGCGCACAGACUUCGCCAGCCGCUCGGCUUACGUGGAAUACGUGCAGGAAAACCUAAAGAGCGGCAUGCUGGUCCGUAUGCUGGAGGAUUAUGAGGAGGUCAGCGCUGGUGAUGAGGGGGAUUUCCGCUACAGUAAUGACGGCUCGCCACCAGUGCAGGUACAAAAUAUCACACCUUGUAUCAGCCUUGACUGUAUCAGCCAGCACACAGCACAGGCUCCUGAGAUUUUAGUUAGGGAUGAGUGACGACGGAUUUGGUAAAAACUUUAUUAACGCUGUUAGAUCAGAUUUGCUGUAAAGUGAUUGACUUAUCUGCUUGUUUUUCUGGGCACAGGUGUACUGGACCUCCCUGUCUCGGACUUACUGGGUGCACUGGCACAUGGUUGAGAUCCUGGGCACUGGCACCAGUGGACAGGGUGAGAAAGACGCCCAGGAGAAGGCCUCCUCCCUGACUGAGACCAUCAAGCUCACGGCUGGUAAGAGAAAGUCCCCUGCACCCACAGACUCACACUCAUGUAAGUGACUUUCAACAGUAAUGCGGCUCCGACGCGUCAAAGCACACAAACUUUGAGCCCUAAUGCACACGCAGGUUAUUCUGUAAAUUCAUCAAAUUGCCAUUUAAUGUUGUUUUAUUAGAAACUGUAUAAUAUUGUUGGUGUUGUCUUCCCUUGUAUGCAGUGAGUCAGACAUUAUUCUCCAAGCCUCCUGGUGGGCUGUACUCGUUGCCUUACCUGGCUGAGGGGCUGCAGUCUGAUGGAGCCACCCUGAGCAGGGCCGAGUGGUGGGAAGUGCUCUUCUUCAUCAAGAAGCUGGAACCAAAGCAACAGCAGGAGAUCAACAACAUCCUGCGUCAGCGCCUCGAUGAACAGGCAAGUGCCCAUCACAAGGGCUGUGGCGCUCAUGAAAUUGUCAUGCAAAAGACUGCUGGUCUCAAGGUAAUUGACCGUUAAUUAACAUUAACAUGUUUAGCAUCUCCAGGCUCCACUCAUACAAGCAUCUGAUGCGGGCCUUUUAAUCAUCUACAUUUUUAAAAAAGUCUAGUAAAUCAAUUUAAUGUACACCAUCACAAUAAAUUCAUUAUUUAUUUUAGUCAGGUCUAAAGAAACAUUAUGAUGUGAAGAAAAUGUAUUUCAGAAGAACAGAAUAUGAGUUGGCCUACUGUAUGUUAUUUGGCUAUGCACCGUGCCAUAGGCUUGUUAAUUUAGUAGACAAGAUAUGCUUAUAAGUCCUGUGCCAUUUAUUUUAUAGUAUGAGGAACAUAUUUGAAUUUAGCUGAAUAAAAUGAAUGGGUAUUUUUCCCUUUCCGGUGCAAGAGUGCGUGCAUAUGAAGUGGCUAUGUUGAGUGUAAGUGAUCAUUUGAAACUAUAUGCUGGAUUUAGUUAUUUGUCAACUUUAGUUGUGAAUGAUACAAACCUUAGAAUACCUUAGAAACCACAAGAUGUAUGAGCUGCAUGAUGCGACUAUAGGCUAUUGAUUUGAGAAAGUCCCCCAAAACGUUUGCGCUCUGUUCCUUGCCUCAGGCUGCACACGCUGUUCUCUCAAGUGAUCAUAUUUUCACCCAUCAGACUAUUCUCAAUUUAAACUUGUCUUUACUAAUAUGUAAAAUUAGUUUUGAUUUUGAAUGGCCCAUUAUCAAAUGGGCAAGACAAAAAAGACAUGUCAUCCGUAUGCACUGGAAUAGCAAAUGGAGGCCACUUUCCCACGAGUAUGUUUUUCACUCAUGUUGGGUAGGCUACUCCGGUAAUUUCGCUGCGCCACAGGUGUUAUUCCACCCAAACUCUGAAUGCCAUGGGCUCUCCAACCCUGCUCCUGCUUAAUUUGGGAAACCAAGGGAAACCUGUUCAGGAACAUCGAUAGUUACAUGUUUUCACAACGAAACAUAUUUCAUUAAACGGACAGGCCCUCUCUCUGCACACUGGAGAAAGGAAUGAAGGAGAGAGGGGAAGAGAUGGAACUCACGGUGGUGAGAGAUUCUGUAGCUAAAGGUAAUGUCAGUCUAUUUAAUUAUGAAAAUAUAAAAAAUGCCCUGUUACUAGGCAAUUCAAAUAGAAAUUCACUAUAAUUGUAGGCUAAAUCUGAAUUUGUUUAAUUUAGGCUAGACCAAUUAUGUACCAAAGAUCUAUUUCUGCCAUGUGUAAUAUGCGGUAAGCUAUGUAUUGUAUAACGCCACAAUCAUUAUUUGAAUUCAGGGUUUUCUUUGGGCUUGGGCUCAUAUAGGCUUAUGCAUAAGCUCAGUUUCAACCUAUUGUUGAACUACUUUCUUCAAAUUGUUCAAUCACAGUGAGGCGAGUUUUAAAAGCACAUACUGUUUUGAUGAGUGAUUUUUGAUUGCAUUUGCAUUGAUGUUAGAGGGACAAUAGAGCCCUGAAUACCAGGCCAUUAGCCCGAUGAUCGUUAGCGAUUUGUGUAGGCUACUACUAAUGCAUGUCCAGAGUGCCGAAGAGGAGAUUAGUGACUCAGCGGUCAUGUAGAAUUGUAUUGCAGUCGUGACUCAGGACUGCCAGUGUCGUGGUAAUAGUCACCUCAACAGCCCUACUCAUCACCCCCCCCCCCCCCCCCCCAAUCUUUAAUUCCCUCACUCUCUAAUCUUCUCACUCUUCCUGCUCUUUUCAUGACGCUCAGCCCCCAUGGAAGUUGAGAGUAGAUUUCAUGUUUUUGCCUUGCCUCUCUCUGCUCUGUCAGAUGUCAGACGUAGACGAGGCCACUCUUAUCCAGCUGUCGGUGCCAGGCGAGGUGGCCCGGAAGCUGCUCCACUACCUGAAGCAGACCCUGCAGAACUCUUGUCUGUGGGACCUGCUCUGCUCCCAUGCCUUCUCUAAACACUAUCUGCGUCGCGGUGGGGGAGGCCUGGAAGAUGACGAGCUGCUGCCCGAUGGCUCCCUCUGCUCCUCUGGCCUGGGAGGAGGACGGAGCAACUCCUCAUCUGAUGCCACCGCUGCCUCCUCUUCCUCCUCUGCCAUGGGCUCAUUGUCCAAGAAGCCCAAGAAGGAGAUUCCUACAGACUAUUGCUCUGACACGGAGUCUGAAUUGCCCAUGGAAGAUGAGUCUAACUACCCAGAAGACCUGGAGGAAAAGAUGAAAGGUGUGGCAGUCUGUGUGUGUUUGAACUUUGUUUGUUUUUGUGGUUGGCAAACUACCUCUAGCUGUAGCCAACACAUUUUUCCAGAGAAAGACAAGUGAAACCAUAAACAUGCCCAAGGAUACAAUGGUGUUUUUAUUAGCACGCACUGUAGCCUGAUUUUAAUUAAUGACAGCCAUUCUUGCUGUAACAUGCUUUGUCUUGUGUUUUCCCCACCAGUGUUUAACAACCCCAAGGUGCAGGGCAAGAAGACAGCCCUGGAGAAGCUGGGGGAGGUGGUGGACAUCAUGAAGAAGAGUGGCUCAGAUUCAGUCCAGCAGCUGGCUGGGAUCAAGUUCAUCAUCCAGGUCCUAGAGGACGAGGGGCCUCAGGAGAGAAGCACCCUCAGGACGGACGCUGUCCAGACCAUCCGGUAAGGCUGCUGCCUGCACACUUCCAUUCUCAUAGGGUCACAUUUGACCUCAAACAUUUGUCCUCCAACAUGAUCUUCAACCUUUGUUGUCGUCCCCCCAGUGAUAAAGUCCUGAAGCUUUUGGUUGAGAUGCUGAGUGGGCAGCCCAAGGAGAACGUGGUCAGCACCCUGCGUCUCACCCGCGCCCUCAUGGUCAAGUACGAGUGGAGGGUCUCCUUCGCCACUGAAGGGGGCGUCAAAGCUAUCCUCGCCUGUAUGCAGGAAUACCCCACUGUCCCACAGGUCCAGCAAGUCGCCCUGGCGGUGAGUUCUCGAUCACUUUGUUUUUCUUUUCUUUUUUUACUCCCGUUUGUUUUGUAAUCUAGCUAGUUUUGUAAUGAAAGAGCACGUUUUCUUACAGUUUUAGGGGAUGACACGUCAUGACAACUCUGCAGCUGUGAAGGAGUAGCUUUCUGUCAUGUUUCUAUCCACACUUUACACAGUGUGUGUUGGUUUCUCCCCUCCGCUCUAGACUCUGAUGGUCAUCACAGGCGCCAGUAAGCAUGACCUGGGAAGUAUGAGCAGCUGCUAUCUUCCUCUCUCCGAGUCUGGCACACCCAUGAUGCUCGGGGUCUUUGCCAGUAUUGGCUCUGCCACCGCCGAGGGCUCCAAGGGACUGCUGGCUGCAAUCCCCGCUGGCAUUGAACUGAUGCUUAACACACCUGGGUAUGUCUUUUACACCCCGACUGGCUCUCAAAGGGAAUGUUAACAUGCCCAACUCCACUGUUUCCUGUGAUGACACCUGCUAUAUCACAGUGGAGGCUAAGGGAUAUCUGCGGUCUCUCCUACCAGGUGUAUGUUGUCGGUGAGGAACGGUCUGUUGGUGAUCAUCAUGCUUAUCUCCAGUAGUAAGAGUCUGGCGGAGCAGCUGGUGGCCUGUGACGUCAGCACCGUGCUGAAGAAGUGCCUCGCAGCUUCGCGGCCAGUGAAUAUGCUGGCCAUCAUUGCCCUCAACCACAUCUCCAUGGUCCACAAGCUGGAGAAAAAAGGUGUGAUUUCACUGCUCGUCUGAACACACUCCUCAAACAGUGCCUUCCGGUUAUGUGUAGAGGUUCCUAGCUGGCUGGUUGCACAUAAGCUUUUUCUGCCAUGCCUCUUGCAUUCCUAUGAUAGAUCCUUCUUCCCACAAUAAAUGAUAAAGAUGUUAUUGUGGUCUUAUGUCCCAAUGGGGACGAAGAAGAUUAAGUAAAUAAAUUAUGUUCUGGAUAUUUCUUCCAGAGUCAAAGGAUGAGUUGGACUUCAAGGACACAGAGCUGAAGAUGCUGGUGGUGAGCCUGAAGGAGAUGACUGCAACCAAGGAGGUGAUCCUGACUCUGGAGCAGCUGCUGUGUGACGACGCCUCCCAGCUAGAGGAGGAGCGCAACCAGGUGACCCGCAGCCGAGAGACCUACCAGGACCUGGUGCGCCUCAUGGACCAGCACCGAGCCGACCGGGCCGCGCAGCUCUCCAUCCUCAGGUGAGACGGAGGUGGUUGUUGUGCUGCCUACCAACAGGGUUUAGUUGUUGGAAUGUCAUGUCAGUGCCUAGAUCCUGUCAUCGGUGUAAUGAACCUCCAAAGGGCGUGUAAUGUAUGUAUGCAAUGCAUGUAUUUUAUUUUUAAUCAGGUUCUCAUUUUCAAUGGUGCCCUGAGGACAACAAAUGUAAUACAACCGUUUGUAUAUUCUCUCCUGUAGAAUAUUGAACAAGUUCUUGGACAAUUACCAGGAGGAUCUGCUUCCAUGGCAUGAGAGCAUAGAACCAUGCUUGUCUUCUAUGACCGCUUUCAUCAAUGACCGUGAGGUAGGAAAGAUCCUCCAUGAUUAUGAACUCCAAGGCGCAUAGGUAUAAUCCUAUAUGUUUCUAUUUUAGGUACGUAUUCAAUUAAUGGUCAUGUAAUUGACACAAGGUUGUUUCGUAUAGGUUGUCCAGCUGCUCAUCCGCUUCCUGUAUCGCCUGGCCUCUGUGAACAAAGACUAUGCCGUGGUGAUGUGUCGUCUGGGCACAAAGGACGCCCUGGUCAAGGCGCUGGACAAGCACAGUAUCAACCUGCUGAUGGUCACAGAGCUGCGGGACUUGAUCACAGACUGUGAGAAGUACGCCAGUCUCUACAAGAAAAUGACCACCAGCGUUCUGGCUGGUUGCAUACAGGUUUAGUAAAAAUUCUACUGUCUUAACUAUUCAGUCAGUUACAAGACUAGGUUUUUAGAUUGUAAUAUUCUCCAUUGUUUUUUUAAAACGUGUGGUUCUUUGAAAUGUUCCUUCAAAAGGGGGUGUCACAUUUGGCUUGCAAGUGUCAUGCCACUCUGUCUGUUGCUAAUAGCUCAUUUGUAAUCUGUGCUGUCCUUUCUAACCAAAUACAGAUGGUUUUGGGCCAAAUAGAGGAGCAUCGGCGAAGCCACCAACCAAUCAACAUCCCCUUCUUUGACAUCUUUCUGCGCAAUUUGUGCCAAGGUAUGUAUGUAUGUAUGUAUGUAUGUAUGUACAGUGGGGGAAAAAAGUAUUUAGUCAGCCACCAAUUGUGCAAGUUCUCCCACUUAAAAAGAUGAGAGAGGCCUGUAAUUUUCAUCAAAGGUACACGUCAACUAUGACAGACAAAUUGAGCAUUUUUUUCUCUCCAGAAAAUCACAUUGUAUGAUUUUUAAUGAAUUUAUUUGCAAAUUAUGGUGGAAACUAAGUAUUUGGUCACCUACAAACAAGCAAGAUUUCUGGCUCUCACAGACCUGUAACUUCUUCUUUAAGAGGCUCCUCUGUCCUCCACUCGUUACCUGUAUUAAUGGCACCUGUUUGAACUUGUUAUCAGUAUAAAAGACACCUGUCCACAACCUCAAACAGUCACACUCCAAACUCCACUAUGGCCAAGACCAAAGAGCUGUCAAAGGACACCAGAAACAAAAUUGUAGACCUGCACCAGGCUGGGAAGACUGAAUCUGCAAUAGGUAAGCAGCUUGGUUUGAAGAAAUCAACUGUGGGAGCAAUUAUUAGGAAAUGGAAGACAUACAAGACCACUGAUAAUCUCCCUCGAUCUGGGGCUCCACGCAAGAUCUCACCCCGUGGGGUCAAAAUGAUCACAAGAACGGUGAGCAAAAAUCCCAGAACCACACGGGGGGGCCUAGUGAAUGACCUGCAGAGAGCUGGGACCAAAGUAACAAAGCCUACCAUCAGUAACACACUACGCCGCCAGGGACUCAAAUCCUGCAGUGCCAGACGUGUCCCCCUGCUUAAGCCAGUACAUGUCCAGGCCCGUCUGAGGUUUGCUAGAGUGCAUUUGAAUGAUCCAGAAGAGGAUUGGGAGAAUGUCAUAUGGUCAGAUGAAACCAAAAUAUAACUUUUUGGUAAAAACUCAACUCGUCGUGUUUGGAGGACAAAGAAUGCUGAGUUGCAUCCAAAGAACACCAUACCUACUGUGAAGCAUGGGGGUGGAAACAUCAUGCUUUGGGGCUGUUUUUCUGCAAAGGGACCAGGACGACUGAUCCGUGUAAAGGAAAGAAUGAAUGGGACCAUGUAUCGUGAGAUUUUGAGUGAAAACCUCCUUCCAUCAGCAAGGGCAUUGAAGAUGAAACGUGGCUGGGUCUUUCAGCAUGACAAUGAUCCCAAACACACCGCCCGGGCAACAAAGGAGUGGCUUCGUAAGAAGCAUUUCAAGGUCCUGGAGUGGCCUAGCCAGUCUCCAGAUCUCAACCCCAUAGAAAAUAUUUGGAGGGAGUUGAAAGUCUGUGUUGCCCAGCGACAGCCCCAAAACAUCACUGCUCUAGAGGAGAUCUGCAUGGAGGAAUGGGCCAAAAUACCAGCAACAAUGUGUGAAAACCUUGUGAAGACUUACAGAAAACGUUUGACCUGUGUCAUUGCCAACAAAGGGUAUAUAACAAAGUAUUGAGAAACUUUUGUUAUUGACCAAAUACUUAUUUUCCACCAUAAUUUGCAAAUAAAUUCAUUAAAAAUCCUACAAUGUGAUUUUCUGGAAUUUUUUUCUCAUUUUGUCUGUCAUAGUUGACGUGUACCUAUAAUGAAGAUUACAGGCCUCAUCUUUUUAUGUGGGAGAACUUGCACAAUUGGUGGCUGACUAAAUACUUUUUUCCCCCACUGUAUGUAUGUAUGUAUGUAUGUAUACUUUUAGCUGACUCGCAGCACAACUAAAUACCAGCCUCGCAAAGAAAUGGUGCCAAAAUAAACAAUGUCAUUACUUUUGUAUCAUUUCUUCAUUAAAUCAAGAAAUGAAUACUGGUAGAUUAUUUACUUUAACCAAACAUCCCUUAAGUUUUUAUUUAGCUUCUGAAAGUAGAACUUGUCUUAAACUGACCUGUUGACUUUUUGUCGUACUUUGUCUGUGACCAUUAACAGGAUCUAGUGUGGAACUCAAGGAGGACAAGUGCUGGGAGAAAGUGGAGGUUUCCUCUAAUCACCAUCGAGCCAACAAGCUCACUGACAAGAACCCCAAAACCUACUGGGAGUCCAAUGGCUGCACAGGUUCCCAUUUUAUCAACAUCUACAUGCACAAGGGGGUGGUGAUUAGGUACGUCCACACAUCACUUUGGCCAUACAAAGGGUUUAGAAUGUUGGAAUGUUUAAUCUUGAUAUGUAUGCAAAUUGCACAACAUGUAAAGACAAUUGAAAAUGAAGCGCACCUGUGUUGCUCACUUUUACCUUUCCUGUAUCCCGAAACUUUUGUUAUUACCUUGUUCUUGCGUCUGUGGAUUAUUAUGCUUGACCGCAUGCUUUAUCUUAAACUGCUGUGGUUACCUCAAUGACAUUCAUAUUUGUAUUUAUUUAUUUAUUUUUACUGUAACUAUUGAGAACUUGCUGUAAGCGCAUUUUUCUAUUUUUCUUGUUAAACUCAGGCAAUUGGCAGUGCUUGUGGCCAGUGAAGACUCCAGCUAUAUGCCUGCCCGCAUGGUAGUACUUGGAGGAGAUGACCCCACAAACAUCAACACAGAGCUGAACACAGUAAGUAGCUGUAUAGGCAGACAGGAGUAGGAAACCUUUGGAAGUAGGUUAUAUUUACGAUCUUGUCUUUUUAAGGUUUAAGCCCCUCACCCACCCAACUCUUGUUUUUACAGGUCAAUGUGCCUCCUUCAGCCAAUCGCAUUGUGUUGCUGGAGAACAUGUCCCGCUUCUGGUCCAUUGUGCAGAUCAGGAUCAAGAGGUGUCAGCAGGUGGGCUGUGGAAUCAUGAACAUUUGAAUUUCAGAUUACUUCCUGAAUUGACAUGGUAUUGAUCCCAACCCUGGUCAGCAAGGAGUCUCCUUUUUAAGUUUUGAACCUGCUCUUCCCACCAGGGUGGUAUUGACACAAGGGUCCACGGCUUUGAGGUGCUGGGGCCCAAGCCCACCUUCUGGCCCGUGUUCAAGGAGCAGCUCUGCUGUCGCACCUACCUCUUCUACACCACCAAGGCCCACACCUGGUGCCAGGAGAUCCUGGAGGACAAGGCCCAGCUGCUGCAGCUCUUCAACAAGUAAGCCUGUCUCUACUAUACAUGCUACUGCAAACUACACUGACCCCCAGACUGCGCUAACCUGGCCUGGUGUGUGUCGGCAGACUGAACAGUGCUCUGCGACAUGAGCAGAUGUUUGCUGACCGCUUCCUGCCCGAUGCCGAGGCAGCGGAGGCUCUGGGACGCACCUGCUGGGAGGCCCUCAUCACCCCCAUCGUACAGAGCAUCACCAUCUCCGGUAACUUUCGGAGUCUGUCUCACUCUCUCUGUGUCUCUCUCACUCACUUCCUGGACUUCAGCUAGCUUCUGUCAGUCAUACAUGUUCAUCAACUAUGUUGAUUCAGGCAGUUGUAGUACGAAUAACUUGCCUCUCUCCUCCACUCCCACAGAGACCCAAGUCCUCAGUCCCCUCUCCUGGCUGCUCAGUGAGUACCUGGACAACGCAGAGUCAGCCAGGCGCUGCAAGAGCCGGGCCGCCAUCUUCAACUCCCGCGUCCGUCGCCUCACCCACCUACUGGUCCAUGUGGAUACCAGCAGAGUGGACACAGAGGAGCUCAAGCCACCCAUCAAGUGCAGUGAGUAAUCCUGUACCGCUAUACCUUACCACUCAUUUACUUCUGAUAAACACUCAAGGCUGCUAUGAGUCUUUUCUCUGUCCAGCUUCUCAACCUUCAGAAUAGUGAACUGACAAUUAUUGCCCCUAGAAAUGGGUGCGGAAAUGCUACUGGAAUUGCCAAUCAAAAUGAGCUGCGAAUAAAUCUUAGUAGACUAGAUUUUGCAUGGUAGUAUAAUAUUUGGAAAUGCAAACGUAUUGAUACUUUACUUAUAAUAUUAGGUAGACGCCACCCAUCAAGUCUUCCGUAUUUCUUUUGUUUUCAGAAGGUAUCAACCGAAGCAAAGAUUUAAAGAGUAAGUAACAGUUUAGAGGCUAAUGUACUACAUUUCGUUUUAAGUUAUUCUUCCAGCUCAGUGGCAUCCCCAUUUUUAUAUAACUAAUGACUGCGACAUUCCGCUUUCCCCCCACACGCAACCCUCCAGUUUGAAUUGAAAAUGAUCAGGAUGAUGUGUUACUCAUUUGUUUCUUUGUUGUUUUUUGCUGCAGAUUCUUUUUACCCUGAUUUAUCUCAAACCUUUUGUUUAGAAGAUAACUGAAUUGUCAUUUUCUUUCAGAUGGAAAAGAGGGAAAGAACAAAGAUGCAGCCACUGUCUCCUCUUCCUCCUCCUCCAACUCUAUCAAGCCGAAGGUGAAGAACACCAGCAGUAUUGCAGGGAUAGCACUGUGUUGGCAGGGCGUUGUACAGAGACAGGUAAGCCACUCGUAUGUCUCUAAAAACACUGGGGCCCAUUAUAAACCUACUCUGAUCUAAUGUCCUUGAAGUAAGUUGGAGUAGUAACUCUCAAAAAUAAAAAAAAGUUUGAGUCAAGAUGGCAUCACUAAAUGAAUCUUUGGCAGGAUUUCAAAAGCUGGAACUCAUAGAUAAAAAAAACUAAAAAAAACUUGAGUGAUGACUUAAUCCAUGUUUAACAGGUUAAGAAGUUUUUGGACUCUACGUGCAGCCUGCCAGACUUUGUGGAGCGCUACAGGAACAUGUACCUCCGUCUGAAGAAUGCCAUGGAGGAGCUGUUUGGCCAACAGACAGCGUUUGUGCUGGCUCUCCGCCACGGCUUCUCUGCUGCUCUCCUACAGCUCUCCAUCCUCACCGCCAUGCACGUGAGUUAUACUAGAUGACCUGUACUCAAUACUACUUAGGUCAUAUUAGGGCACGCAACGGAAAACGGCAAUAGUUCUUCCUCGUUCCAGUCAUUUUUCUUCUGUUUGGUGCCUAAUGAACGUGACCCGGCAGUGCACCUGUAACACAUCUAUUCUCCAGAUCACUGCUCUUUGUGUAGGUUGAAUUCUCCAUCUCUGUGUUUGCAGGUGAGUGAGCGGUUUGCCCAGUACAUCGACUUGAUGAUCCAGGAGAGUGGAGUGGACUCUGGCAACGUGGAGACUCUUAAUCAGUUACAGCAGUUCCUAGAACCAAUGCUCUUCCUCUCAGGCCUGGAGCUGGCCAACACCUUUGAGCACUUUUACAGGUAAGGCCACAUUUCUAUCCCUGUAGUUGUUAAGGCCAACCUAAGACCAUGUAUCAUUCAUAAAAGGACCAUAUUGUAGCAUAGUCUCGAGUCUCAAUACAUCUCGUUUCCUCCUCCACAGGUACUACCUGGGUGACAGGCUGCUAGGCCAGGGCAAGGUGUGGCUGGAGAGUGCUGUCAUAAUGCAGAUAGGCACCUGCUUCCCCAACCGCUUCCCCCAGCAGAUGCUGAAGAACCUGAGUGAGUCUGAGGAGCUGCAGCAGGAAUUCCACCUCUACCGCCUCCAGCAGCUGGACAAGACCCUUCAGGAUGUUGAUGAGGAGGUAAGCAGAGGAUGAGAAGCAGUAUUGUAUCAGGCCCUGCAGUGUUUUUUCCUUUUCCUUAAAAAAAAAUAUAUAGCUGAUGCUCGUUUCCAAAGCAGCAUACACAUAUUUCGAUGUGAUAUGGGCUCAUGGGAAUCCAACCCAUAACCAUAAACUAUUUUUGUCCUUUGCUGUGCUACAGAUGAUGGAUGAUCAGCCGUCGGAGCCUGAUGAGGAGAGUGAGGUGAAGGUGCUCAUCCUGUCUCCUCGCUGCUGGGCUGUUUCCUCCCCCUGCUACAUGGACAACCAUAGCAGAUACUUCCCCAAGCAGCUUUGCACCUACCUGGCAGAAUUCACAGACUUCUACUCUAACAGUCAGUCCCCUUCUGUCGUCUGUCUUUUAAAAAAGUUUGGCUGUAUGCAAUAAUUUUUGUUUGCCUCAUUGAUGUAUUUUUAAUAUUUCUCAUAAGUGACCAACCGCCGCGAUUCGGUAUUGUGUAGCAAAAUUUGAAAUUAUGUUUUUUACAUUGGAUAAAAGUAGGGACUACAAAAUGGUAUCAUACACUACAGUUGAGGAACAAUGGGAAAGUAAUCCUGCUUUAAAAGUUGAUAAACUUUUGAGAAAAUGGCCCUUGAAUGUUUUGGUGCACGUACUGGAGAGCUCUUUGUCUACACCAUUCAGCAUCGUUCACACCCUCUUAAGCCUUAGCCCCACCCAUCUCUUUUAAGGAUUCACAUGUGAGGCCAUGUGCUAAACAGAGUGAGUAGUUUAGUAAACAACCAAAGAUUUCAAGACAGUGUUAAAAGAAGUUUUAAAAAAAUCCAUGUAGAAAAACACUUAUCUAGUCCUUGGCCUAUAUCCUAAUCUGACUUCGGUGCAGGUCAUGUUCUUCACAUUACCGUCUCUGGUAAACACACUAUCAAAUAAAAUCUGUUUAUUUGUGACAUGCACAGGGUACAGAAGGUGUAAACGGUACAGUGAAAUGGUUACUUGCAAUGUUCCCUCUAAUUUCUUCCGGCACUGAGCAAAUUUCAGUUCUGCUGAGCGCAAACUUGAACAUUGUGAAAAUUCUGUGCAACUUCCAGUUCAUGUUUACUGUGAACACUGAAGCUGUACCUGCUUUAAGUUAGUGGCCUACCAUCAAAAACGAUGGAGAAAAUGCAUCCCAUAACAUUUUAACAUAGAAAUAGCUGUUAUAUAAUUCAGCCUACAGUAGCAGUCAAAGUGUGGUGUUCAAUGUAAGCCUACAUUCCAUGAGACUUAAAAAAAAACAAAAAAAAACAUACAGGGCUUGACAUUAACUUGUUUAUCCACUUGUCCUUCAGACAAGGUGACUGAAAAUGUUGUUGUGGUGUUUGAUGCAAGAAACCACUUUACAAAAUAAAGGCAUUAUUAUUCGCAUACCAUUAUUACAUAGAAUCAGACAAAUUAUGCUAACCUCUGCCUAUUGGCUACUCUCAAAAUACAACACUGCCCCUUUUAGACAAAAAAAGCUCUUUACCUGACUCGCUUUUCAAAGAUGUCUAGAAAUGUACACGUUUUGUUCUCUUGUAGGAAGCAAUCACUCCCCUAUUGCUGACUACAAUUGAACUAUAACUGGGCUAUUAACUCACUAACUAGCAAAGGAUAUGAACAAAAUGUGCACACAUGGCUACAUGCAGCUCUCGCUUUGAUCUCAAAACAAGUACAUCUACUCACGACCGCUCAUGCUGUAAACACAGUCCAGUUCAAAGUAAAUGGCACAGAUCCAUACAGUGGGGAGAACAAGUAUUUGAUACACUGCCGAUUUUGCAGGUUUUCCUACUUACAAAGCAUGUAGAGGUCUGUAAUUUUUAUCAUAGGUACACUUCAACUGUGAGAGAGAAUCACAUUGUAUGAUUUUUAAGUAAUUAAUUUGCAUUUUAUUGCAUGACAUAAGUAUUUGAUCACCUACCAACCAGUAAGAAUUCCGGCUCUCACAGACCUGUUAGUUUUUCUUUAAGAAGCCCUCCUGUUCUCCACUCAUUACCUGUAUUAACUGCACCUGUUUGAACUCGUUACCUGUAUAAAAGACACCUGUCCACACACUCAAUCAAACAGACUCCAACCUCUCCACAAUGGCCAAGACCAGAGAGCUGUGGAAGGACAUCAGGGAUAAAAUUGUAGACCUGCACAAGGCUGGGAUGGGCUACAGGACAAUAGGCAAGCAGCUUGGUGAGAAGGCAACAACUGUUGGCGCAAUUAUUAGAAAAUGGAAGAAGUUCAAGAUGACGGUCAAUCACCCUCGGUCUGGGGCUCCAUGCAAGAUCUCACCUUGUGGGGCAUCAAUGAUCAUGAGGAAGGUGAGGGAUCAGCCCAGAACUACACGGCAGGACCUGGUCAAUGACCUGAAGAGAGCUGGGACUACAGUCUCAAAGACAACCAUUAGUAACACACUACGCCGUCAUGGAUUAAAAUCCUGCAGCUCACGCAAGGUCCCCCUGCUUAAGCCAGCGCAUGUCCAGGCCCGUCUGAAGUUUGCCAAUGACCAUCUGGAUGAUCCAGAGGAGGAAUGGGAGAAAGUCAUGUUGUCUGAUGAGACAAAAAUAGAGCUUUUUGGUCUAAACUCAACUCGCCGUGUUUGGAGGAAGAAGAAGGAUGAGUACAACCCCAAGAACACCAUCCCAACCAUGAAGCAUGGAGGUGGAAACAUCAUUCUUUGGGGAUGCUUUUCUGCAAAGGGGACAGGACGACUGCACCGUAUUGAGGGGAGGAUGGAUGGGGCCAUGUAUCACGAGAUCUUGGCCAACAACCUCCUUCCCUCAGUAAGAGCAUUGAAGAUUGGUCGUGGCUGGGUCUUCCAGCAUGACAACGACCCGAAACACACAGCCAGGGCAACUAAGGAGUGGCUCCGUAAGAAGCAUCUCAAGGUCCUGGAGUGGCCUAGCCAGUCUCCAGACCUGAACCCAAUAGAGAAUCUUUGGAUGGAGCUGAAAGUCCGUAUUGCCCAGCGACAGCCCCGAAACCUGAAAGAUCUGGAGAAGGUCUGUAUGGAGGAGUGGGCCAAAAUCCCUGCUGCAGUGUGUGCAAACCUGGUCAAGACCUACAGGAAACGUAUGAUCUCUGUAAAUGCAAACAAAGGUUUCUGUACCAAAUAUUAAGUUCUGCUUUUCUGAUGUAUCAAAUACUUAUGUCAUGCAAUAAAAUGCAAAUGAAUUACUUAAAAAUCAUACAAUGUGAUUUUCUGGAUAUUUUAGAUUCCGUCUCUCACAGUUGAAGUGUACCUAUGAUAAAAAUUACAGACCUCUACAUGCUUUGUAAGUAGGAGAACCUGCAAAAUCGGCAGUGUAUCAUACUUGUUCUCCCCACUGUAUAUGGCAAUGGUCUAUUUGCAUAUAGGCCUACUAUAGCUCUGAUUGUUUAUGCCACACCGGUCUGUGUAAAGUACGGGCUGAGUAGUGCGUGUCAAUGCAAUAGAAUCCUACUCCGAUAUGUUCUGCCUACAAAAUAAUUUUGUUUUGUUUCGGUAUGUUGCAUUGAACUUGGCUAAUAUUGCGUUGAUUCGAUCACAGUUGCCACAGUAAAGGGAAAUGUUGAUAGUGUUAACAGGGAAAACUCUAGAACAGUGGUCACCAACCUUUUCUGAGUCAAGAUCACAGAGUCAAAAUGCAAGCUGAGAUCUACCACUCAGAAUUUUAUUUUUUACAUGACUUAAAAACAUAAGCCUAUGCAACAUUAACCAAUUAAAAACAGUACAGUAGCAAUGAGGUUUGUGCAGUAAGCUAUAGGCCCAAUACAUUAUCACCACAUAUUGGCUUUGUUUGAAUUGCCCUGCCAAUGAAUGCAUUGUUGUUCAGGGCAUAAAAAAAAAAAUACAUUUCAAAAUUUGAGGUAGGCUAUAUGAUCACAUUGGUAAUAGAUCAGUUUUAUUACUUACAUUACAUUUACAUUUUAGUCAUGUGACGCACAGCUGAGUGAGCAUACAUUUAAGUAAUUGGCAUUUAUUUUUAUUUCACUGGGCUGAUGGUGCCUGCAUCUGAAGGGUUUUUUACGUAAAUGUUUGGCGAUCGACAAGGAAUGCCUUGAAGAUUGACCAGUUGAUCGCGAUCGACAGGUUGGUGACCACUGCUCUAGAAAGUUGAGUGAAGUUCAAUCUCGUGCUUCUCUCUGUUGGCGGAUAUUUCUGCGUGGCAAUCCCAGGGCUACUGAAGGAAAUGCUAUAACCAGCCACAUCUAGCUAAGUGGAUGAGUCACUAUUGUCUAGACAUGUACACAUGUUCAUGAAAUACAAUAGAUGGUUGUAAUCACCCCCAGACACACCUGGCUAACUUGAUGGGUCAUGUAAUCAUCUGGCGAGGUGGAGUCUUGUUUAGCUGAACAAUGAACUGGCAUAAUACAGACAUUGUCAUAGCUGUAGUAUGAAUCCGCAGGUAGCUAAAGCCAACCAACUAGCUAGAUUCAAUGUUAGCUAGCUAACAUUAGGCUAUAACUAGCAAUGCAAAUGGUUUUCUGAUUUGAAUAAUAUUACUACACAGAUCAUACAUGUAACAUUAGCUAGCGAGCCAGCAAGCUAAUGUUUGCUAGCUAACAGUACGCGUUAACUUGCAAUGAAAACAACUUUCUGACAAAAUUAGAAACGUAUAAUAUCUGAAAAUGUAGCUAGCCUCUUACCCGUAUACAUGGAUGAACGCUUCACAGCAUACUGGAACCAUUUAACUCCAUUUAGUUUGUAGCUACAUCUUGUUUGGCCAGUGUUGUCAAGUCACUCCCGUUCACACUGACCGUGGCGUGUGCAGAAAGUAGCCCAUUACUUUUUACAACUGAUCUGAUAGCUCUUGCUAAGUUCACACUAACAGCUUACAGACGGUAGGCAAUUAAGGUCACAGUUAUGAAAACUUAGGACUCUGAAAAACACCAAAAGAAAGAUGCCCAGGGUCCCUGCUCAUCUGCGUGAACGUGCCUUAGGCAUGCUGCAAGGAGGCAUGAGGACUGCAGAUGUGGCCAGGGCAAUAAAUUGCAAUGUCCGUACUGUGAGACGCCUAAGACAGCCCUACAGGGAGACGGGACGGACAGCUAAUCGUCCUCGCAGUGGCAGACCACGUGUAACAACACCUGCACAGGAUCGGUACAUCCGAACAUCACACCUGCGGGACAGGUACAGGAUGGCAACAACAACUGCCCGUGUUACACCAGGAACGCACAAUCCCUCCAUCAGUGCUCAGACUGUCCACAAUAGGCUGAGAGAGGCUGGACUGAGGGCUUGUAGGCCUGUUGUAAGGCAGGUCCUCAACAGACAUCACUGGCAACAACGUUGCCUAUGGGCACAAACCCACCAUCGCUGGACCAGACAGGACUGGCAAAAAGUGCUCUUCACUGACGAGUCACGGUUUUGUCUCACCAGGGGUGAUGGUCAGAUUCGCGUUUAUCGUAGAAGGAAUGAGCAUUACACCGAGGCCUCUACUCUGGAGCGGGAUCGAGGUGGAGGGUCUGUCAUGGUCUGGGGCGGUGUGUCACAGCAUCAUCGGACUGAGCUUGUUGUCAUUGCAGGCAAUCUCAACGCUGUGCGUUACUGGGAAGACAUCCUCCUCCCUCAUGUGGUACUCUUCCUGCAGGCUCAUCCUGACAUGACCCUCCAGCAUGACAAUGCCACCAGCCAUACUGCUCGUUCUGUGUGAUUUCCUGCAAGACUGGAAUGUCAGUGUUCUGCCAUGGCCAGCGAAGAGCCCGGAUCUCAAAAACCAUUGAGCACAUCUGGGACCUGUUGGAUCGGAGGGUGAGGGCUUGGGCCAUUACCCCCAGAACUGUCUGGGAACUUGCAGGUGCCUUGGUGGAAGAGUGGGGUAACGUCUCACAGCAGAAACUGGCAAAUCUGAUGCAGUCCAUGAGGAGAUGCACUGCAGUACUUAAUGCAGCUGGUGGCCACACCAGAUACUGACUGUUACUUUUGAUUUUGACACCCCCCACCCUUUGUUCAGGGACACAUUAUUCAAUUUCUGUUAGUCACAUGUCUGUGGAACUUGUUCAGUUUAUAUCUCAGUUGUUGAAUCUUAUGUUCAUACAAAUAUUUACACAUGUUAAGUUUGCUGAAAAUAAACGCAGUUGACAGUGAGAGGAUGUUUCUUUUUUUGCUGAGAUUAUCUUUCAAAAACAGUGCGGUAGAAAGCACUAUCAACACAUACUGAACAGCUCACGUUAUAGACCGAAACAUGCUAAAUGGCAGACCAAUCCAAACUCAUCUCCCGGCAUGUCCAGCCCAUACGUUAUCUCAGCCAAUCAUGGCUAGUGGGAAGGUUCCUGUCUCUUUCCGUGGCUAAAUCAACUAGGCUCGUAAUUUAACAAUUGUAUUCGUAUUUACAUAUGAAAUACAAGUUUGUUAUUAAGGCACAUGAAAGUUCAUGUUCCAGAAGCCUUUUCUGCCAAAAAAACGUAUUUUGAUAAAACAUUUGUUUACAUUCAAAUGCCUCUCCUGUGAAGUAGUGAUGUGCGACAAAUGCCUAGUUUCCUGAAACAAGUCACAUAUGCCAAAAUCUCACCAAGUUCCAUCAGAACCAGUCCAUUACAAUGGCAUGUUUCAGAACGAAAGUGCUAGAGGCUGAUCGGUGUGUGAUGUGUGUUUGUCUGCAGGCCAGUGCAUGUACAAUCUGACCCACAGUAAGCCCCGGCGUCUACAGUGGACCUGGCUGGGCCAUGCAGAGCUGCACUACGGCUCCUGCACUCUCUACGUCUCCACCCUGCAGAUGUACAUCCUCCUGCAGUUCAACCACCAAGCGGUAACUAGAUAGGGGGGGGGGGAGAAAGAAACACAGUGCAAUGCACUAUGGGGAGUUGAAUUAUUACAUUUUCUCCAUUUGACAAUGGGCUGUUGUCUCUGAUAUGACCUCGUGUUGUCUUUUAUUUCAGGAUGUAUCUGUGGAGGCUCUUCAGCAGGCCACAGGCCUCUCCCCGACAAUGCUGGCUCAUGCUCUGUCUCCCCUCACUGUAGAGAAGGGCAUUCUCACCCAAGACAGCCCCGACAACAAUCUUGUGAAGGGUGAGCUCCUGCUCUUUGUCUUCCCCUCAGAGCCUUUCACAAAGAUUCUAUGGGACUAUUGUUGAUCCCUGUAAUCCAUCUGAUUUUGUGACAUUGUAUUUACAAAAAAAAAUUGCUGUAAGACUCCUUCUCCUGCAUUGUUCUCCAGUUAGAUUUAAUUUUAAUGACCAUUUGAAUUUACUGUUGGCAUUUGUUUGUGGAGUUGCACUGAAUGUAUUGUUUUGUCCUCUGCCCAUAGGAGUCCUGAGAUUGAACAAAAAAGCUCUGUCUCAGAGUUUGGAAAACCACAGCUACUGCUACCUGCUGCCCAAGCAGACCUACUUGAAUGUGGACGAGGAUGCUGCCCGCUCGCUGGAGAGGAAGAGGAACUUCAUCUACUGCCUCAUCAUCCAGAUCAUGAAGGCUGAGAAAGAGAUGCACAUAGACAACCUGGUGUUCAGAGUAAGGCCAUGUUCCUUCCCCAUGUCAUUUCUCAUGUGACCAAUGGAGAUCCUCAGCUGAUCCUAUGUAUAAUAUAAUAUGCCAUUUAGCAGACGCUUUUAUCCAAAGCGACUUACAGUCAUGUGUGCAUACAUUUUUACGUAUAUGUAGUGGUAGCAUAAACGUACAUCCCUCCAUGGUUCAGGACCAGCUUUAUUUGAUGUGCCAGACACUAGCAGCUGGUGUCUUAUGUACCUCUUUUCUCCCUUGUCCUCCAUCAGGUGUUGGACACGUGUCAGAAACGGGAGGCGACUCGUUCCCCGGGCUCGGUUCGUUUCAGCUGCAGCACUACAGACGUGCUGUCCUGCGUCAUGCACGUCAUCAGCAAGGGCUACAUCAGGCGCAACGAGGACAGCCCCCACAUCGUGGAGUUCCUGCCCGAGGACCCCUCCACUCCCCAGAAGGGCCAGGCGCAUUUCUCCUUCAGCAAGGCUGAGCUGAAGAAUAACCCCAGCAGCAGCAACGCUGACAUCAGGUGUGCGGAUGAGCCUUGACCUAGUGGGGGAAAGGUUUUUAAUGUGGCUGGCUGGUGUGGCCUCUGGGGUGAUUCUGUAUCUUGGGAAUAGUUUGGUUUUUGAAUUGUAGGGAAGGAGAGUAGACUAUACUAACAGGCCUAUUCCAUUUAUGUCCGACUGCCUUAGGCAUCGGAUAAAUGCUUUAAUAAAUAAUCAAUUGGGUUGAGGUCUUCAGCCCUGAUGUUACAGCACUUAUUUGUGACAUAUAUGUUCUCGUUCUGUCCUAGUUGAGCUUUUAAAUGCACUUUGACCUAAACUGUGGCUGCAUGGCAAUGCCUGGCAAUGUCAGUCAUUUCAUAUUCAGGAUGACCACUGAUGCUGUUCAUCUAAGCCAUUACUUUCCAAGAAACCCAUGGCUCUCUAAUACUAAAACGAUAAAUGCAACAUAAAAAUAACCUAGGCUCUUAUGCAAUAUGUUCAGAAACAGUCAAAAUAUGCUAGUGAAUGUUUUAUUAAUAUAAAUAAAGAAAAUUGAUCAACUUUGAACCAUGUUUGUUGCUUUCUUAUUUUGUGUGGUUAUAAUGAAAUAGUCUAGAAAUGUUGUGUGGGGUGAGAUCUUUUCUAAUGAAGAUUUCAAAAUUAGUCAGUCUUUGUCAUUAAAAUCACACUUACUACUAACCUGAUGGCUAUAAGUUUUGCUUUUCAUAAGGAUGUUAUUGUGACUCACUGUUUUAAAUAAAAUGUUUGUUCUCUGAGAUGAGAGUAAUUCCAAUGUAAUCAUACUAAACUGUGACCCCCCCACACUUUUAAGAAGUUAAGAUUUCCAUAGUUGUAAGUUAUCUUGUGACCCACUGUGUCUCCUCCUGCAGCCUGGAAGGCAUCAUUGCAGCCCCUCCGAGUGCGGAAGACGGGGUCCUGGAGGCUGUCCUGUUGUCUAUGGGCCGGACCAUGAACCAGGAGGAAGUCCGGCAGCUGAUGCAGCGCACAGUCCAGCAGGUCUCUGGCACUCUGAGUUUGGACCUGGACCGGGCUGAGCACCUGCUGGUCCACUGCAAGUGGAACGUGGACGUGCUGAUCCAGCGCUACACAGACGACCCGGACUCCCUGGUUUUGGCUGCCGGGCUAAAGGGCCGGAACCCCCAGCCGCCCCCUAGCCCCAUGGCCAGCUGCCCCGUGUGCUUCAUCUCCCAUACAGGGGAGGCAGAGCCCGCCCCCACCCUCUGCUGCAUGCACUACUGCUGCCGGGUCAGUCACCGUAAAGAUUUUUCUACCCCUUUUCAAACUUUACAUUUGUUUAAUCUUAUAUUGAUACUUGAAUUCUUAAAAGUCUAAGCUGUUGGGGGGGGGUUCUAAGCUGACAUGGAAUUGUUUUAAGCUGGUCAUACUAUGGAUCAUUUAGCUAUUUGAUUUAGAAUUUUAGGACCCCUUCAGGUAUAAAAUAAAAUAUUGAUUUGAUAAAAUAUUGAAUUUGGCCGUUACUAUUCUAACCCAAAGAAACGCGUUGAAUAACACAUUCAUAAAUGGCAAAAAAAAGACAGUCAAAAAACAAAUAAUAAGAAACAAGAUGUACACAUUUAACCCCUUUUUUGGGUUGGCACAAAAACUACCUUCAAACUUCUAUUCAUUUUUUAAAAACCGGUACCGGUUACUUUCAGACGAGUCCUGUGACCCUUUCCACAGUGGGGUCACAUUAGUUUGUAGCCCAAAUGGUUCGGACGCUACAAACAGAAGUUGGCACAUCAACAGUACUGACUUCAGAUGAGUCCCCUGACACUUGUGGGGGUCGGAGACCACCAUUGUGUUCGUGAAAGUCUCCCCUUUCCAGAGUGGUCAUAGUUUGUAGGUCAAACCGUUCGGACGCUACAGACGUUUACGUGAGAAUCAACUCUAGGGGGUUAAGGAUGAAUGACACUGUACUUAUGAGUCGGAACAUCUUCUCCUAAUUAAUGUGUACAGUUCGUCAAAGGACUCUCAUUUGAUGAUGAUUUAUUUUUCCUUCCUACAGUCUUGCUGGCAUGAGUACCUCACGGCCAGGAUUGAGCAGAACCUGGUGAUGAACUGCAACUGUCCAAUCACAGACUGCCGUGCGCAACCUACUUCUCGGUUCUUCUUCAACAUCCUGACCGACAAAGACACUAUCGCCAAGGUCUGCCCCCCCCCCCCCCCCCCCCACCACCCCCACACAGCUCAAUGAGAGCAACACUUAUAUAAACCCAUAAUGUUACAUCACAUUAGUCUAGUUGUCAUAUGAAGGGAUGGCUCAGUUUAGCAUGGAAAUUCAAAAACAAACAUUUCUGUCCAGUUUUACGUUUGUUUGCUGAUCGUGAGUUUAGAACAGCAGUACCUAUCCAUUCGCUGAGCCCCUCCGCUCCUGUACUCUGUUCCCCCCCAGUAUGAGAACGCGCUCAUCCGGGGCUACGUGGAGUGCUGCUCCAACCUUACAUGGUGCACCAACCCCCUGGGCUGUGACCAGAUCUUGUGCAAGGAGAACAUCGGCAGCAUGGGCACCUGCUCAAAGUGCUGCUGGUCCUCCUGCUUUAGCUGCAACUUCCCAGAGGUUAGCACUGAGCUGUCAUACAGUACCGAGCUUCCUGUCUUUCUCAUUUAUGUGUUAUAGGGCUUUAGUGAAGAUUUUUGGGUGUAUUUGUAAUAUAUUUUUACUUCAAUGGUAUUGAAUCAGAAAUCCAUAUUUGUAUCGUUAGUGAUCAAUAUACAUAUUUGUCAAGAGACUCAAGCAAGCACAGAGUACAGCUUUAUGAUGAUUUCUUAACCUCCACUAUCUGCCCCAGGCUCACUACCCAGCCAGCUGCAGUCACAUGUCCCAGUGGAUGGACGAUGGUGGCUACUACGAGGGUAUGACCAUGGAAGCCCAGAGUAAGCACCUUGCUAAACUCAUCUCCAAACGCUGCCCCAGCUGCCAGGCCCAGAUAGAGAAGAACGAAGGCUGCCUACAGUAAGUAUAAAGCCACUGGACCCGUUUUAAUCCUCAGCCCUGUUCUGUCGAUUUCCAUCAAACCAUUUCAAGUUUUACCCAGAAGUAUGUUGUAGGGAUUUAUAGGCAUCACUUUUACUGCCACUGUGUCUACAUUUUUUUCAGUAUGACCUGUGCCAAAUGUAACCAUGGAUUUUGCUGGAGGUGUCUCAAGCCAUGGAAACCAACCCACAAAGAUUACUACAACUGCUCUGCUAUGGUGAGUCCAUAUGACUUGAUUAAAUGAAGUUUGCGCUUCAUAAGAUUUAGUACAAAUGCAAAGGGUUUCCAUGAAUUGCAGAGUAUUUAUUCCCCUUUGGGAUGUGAUAUGAACAUCCAUGUCCAAUCUAAACCUACUACAUACUUUAAUACAAAACUCUGUAAUAAACAAAAGCUCUGUUGAUUUCCAAUGCAGUGAUACACAUUUUUUUUGUCUGCAGGUGAGUAAAGCAGCAAGGCAGGAAAAGAAGUUCCAAGACUACAAUGAGAGAUGCACUUUCCACAACCAGGCCAAGGACUUUGCCAUCAAUCUGGAGAGCAAAGUCUCCUCCAUCAAUGAAGCCCUGCAAAUGAAGUCCUUGACGUUUGUUAUUGAUGCCUGCAAAGUCCUUGCUCAAGCUCGCAAGGUAAGAGGAAGUAAACGAAUAGGAAAAGAACCGACUAAUCUGUAGCGACGUUGAAGGAAUAUUGUGUCUCUUGUGUUAUAGAGCAUUUUGAAAAUGUCAAUCACCAUGUGAUUUCACAUACGAGCAGGGGUGAAAGUAAGGUGGUCCUGUACUGCGUCCCGGCAAAAUAAAUAGUGGGGGUACGUCGUACCGGUAAAACGUGAGCCUAUCACAAUUCAUACAACAUGCCCAAAAAACUAUAGGCUAUUACACCAUUAUUUAACAUUACUGCAUGUCAGCCGCAUGAGAAAUUAGCGAAUUGACUGGAAACCGAGUGGUGUACGCUCCAAAAUGUAACUGUUCUCCUGUGGUUUGAGGAGAACAGUUACAUUUUGUGAAGGCGGAGAUGAGUGGCCGAGACCGAGGCACGCGUGGACAGCAGUGGCUGCAUCAAUUCAGGCUACAAGUGUUGGCCUAAUGACAAUCGCAGAAUGUCAUUACAAUACACGCAGGUGUUUUUUGGAUGCUGAAAUUAUUUUGAGUGGACGAAUGUGCGCUGAGCCUAAAGGAGCGCCUUCGUAAAGUGAUCGUUUAACAAUCAGAUGAAAACAUCAUGACUAGUUGUGUUUAUGCCACAUUAAAAGCCAUAGGCGGCAUGUCCAUAAGGCUAGGGAGAGCUAAGCUUUCCCUAAAGUAAAUUUAAUUAAAUUGCCAAAAGUGUAUAGCCUAAUUGGCGUACUCCUGUCUAUAAAUAAAUAAAUAAAUAAAUAAAUAAAUAAAACCAUUCAAAAUAGGCUACUACACCAGAAAGCAUGAUUUGGCCACAGAGGAUCAUUAGCAACUUAUUUAUUUUUUUUAAGCUGUGGAUUGUUUUAAAUCACAUAGCCUACAGUCGAAGGACCCGCAAUUUGGGCAGCGCGUGCUGCAAAUACCAAAUAUAUGAUGGAGUUUUUAUUGAUCUGUUUGCUAGUGUCCGCAGAGUAGGCUACCCUGUAAUUUUUGUAGUAUAACAAAAAAGCGUGCGCUCACUUGGGUGUCCCGUACCGGUAAGAAAUUAAGUCUACUUUCACCCCAGCAUACAAGGUUGUUAGUAUUCAAAAAAAUAUCCAUAUGACUAAUAUGGACCUCUUGCCUGACUGCCAUGUAGGUGCUGGCCUACUCGUGUGUGUACAGUUACUACAACCAGGACACAGAGAAGAUGGAUGUGAUGGAGCAGCAAAUGGAGGCCCUGGAGCUUCACACCAAUGCCCUACAGAUCCUACUGGGUAAGACCUGCAGGAAUUUUAUAGGAAAAUCAUUGUGGUAAGAUUUUGUCAAGGCAGAUUGCUUUUGAGGAUGUUUCAAGCAUCUUGGAUAAGUUAUCAUUGUUGGUGUGUCCCCCCCCCCCCCCCCCCCCCCCCCAAGAGGAGACCCUGUUGCAGUGCACUGAUCUAGCGUCCUGCGUCCGUCUCCUGAAGCCUGAGCACCUCAACACUGGCUUGGAACUCAUCCGCCGCAUUCAGGAGCGUCUGGUGGCCAUUCUACAACACUCGACCCAGGUAGGGACUUGCGCACACACUCUGAAGAGCAGAGCACAAAGUAUGGUGGUAAUACUUACUGGAUGCAUUGUGGUCCAAUCAACAGCAAAUCAUGAGGGUUUCCUCCUGUCUGGUCUCUCCAAACACAGGACUUUCGAGUGGGCUACAACUCCAAAACGGGACAGGAACAGGAAUCUGCUCAAGCUUCAAAUCUCUCUAAGACCACAGAUGCCAACAAAGCGUGAGUACAGGACAUUUGGGAAGUGGAUCUCCACAUUACCACCUGGAUCUAGUAGCAUGUUUUUCCUGAUUUGCUGUGCUCACAAUGAGACUGGUGUUCUCUCUGCAGGGCUGGGGCCUCCGAGUCUGGUGACUCUGACAACAACAACAACAAUGAGGAGGAAGGUGGAGAUGAGGCAGAGGAGGAUGAUGAGUAUGACGAUGAGGAAGUCCUCGAAUGGCAUGAAGAUGACGAAGAUGACAUAGACGAGGAUGACUUCUUCUCUGAUGACGACGAGUCCGAAAACCUUGAGAGGGAUUUCAGUCCUUUUGACUAAAUAUCUGAAAAUAUUUAAAAAAGGAAGGAAAUGUCAGUCAAUCUGUGCAGGCACUGCAAGCACCAUAUAAAUAUAUUAGAAACAGUACUUAAUAAAUAAACAAAUAUUCAUUAGAGCUUUGGUAACAGGAGAGCCAUGGUCUUGUUUAAAGUGAGGCUGGGUGUGAGCCUUCACAUUUCCAGUCAGCCUGUUUGUGCUGAUCUUUCACAAUUUUUGUCCCAUGCCACAACUGCAAUUGUUGGAUAGGGGGUACACUUACAUUUUCCUCUUAUUGUUUUUCAAAUAGGUUUGAAUUCCUAGAGCCUGUCAUUAUUUUUCACAUGACACUGUUUUGAAGCCGAUGAGGGUUCCAUGAUUAUCACGCAUAAUGAAGGAUCCCUGUAAGAUCUAUUUGGGAGGUGUGACAGUAUACUUUGGAACAAAGCCCAUACUUUUGUUUAAUACAGAUGCUGCUUUUUGAUUUACUCACGCGACUGAAUAAAGGGAUUUAUAAUCCAGCACUAGGAUGGCUGUCUUUAGUUUUAAGUUCAUGUUUUUAUAUCUGUUGUAUACUGACAUGUUGUGUUGGCAUGUCGUUCAUUACCAAAUGGUUUGCCUUGGUUUAUUUUUGAAUACAUGGAUAUAUGCCUUCCUUCAAAAUGAUAAAGAACACAAUCAGAAUUGAUUUCCCUAGUGAAAGUUAAUACUGUUCAAUUAUAUUUUGUUUGUUUAGUAGCCUACUAAAGAGAUCAGUUAAUACAUAAUGUUUGAAGAGUGAAACAUUUUCAUGCAUCUGGGUGAAAGGGCUGCAGGUGGAGAAGAUUGCGAGGAAAAGGAUGUAAGAUAUUUUGUGUGCCUGGCCACAGCCCAUCUGACUGACAAAUCAGAAACAUGUCGCCAUCCUCUAAAAAAACUCAUUGCAUAUAACGGAUUGAAAGUAUCAUAACUAAUGCAUUAUUGGCUAAGCAAAAACCUACAUUAUUUUUUUUCUUUCUGGAAAUUAGCAUUUGAAAUUUGUACAUGCCAAUGUUCAUCUGUUUUAUGGGUUGAGAGGUAUCUGAUAUCGCAACAUACACUUUGCUCAUAGAAGUUGACAUAUCGUUAUUCAUACUGAGCAUCUUCCAAAAUGUUAUCUUUCUAAUCUCAUUGUUGAAGUUGUGUAUCUUCAGCUGACUAAAUAAAUGCUUUUUCUGCUACC